CGGCCUGGACGCCUCGGCUGGAGGGACUGCUGUCAGGAGGGAAAACAAAACUACACGGCGCUGACGGCCUGUAGUUUUGUUUUUUUUUCUUUGGGGUUCCUUCGAGGCUCAGCUGUUCUCCUUUUGGAUUUUCUGACUAAAUUUCCUGGAUAAAGAGAUUUGUGUUCUUCUGAAGACAGCCCUGCUUUGGGCAUCCCAGGCAUCCUUGUGCAGACAAGGUGCCAACCAACAUGUCAACACAGGCGCCGACAUUCACGCAGCCGCUGCAGAGCGUCGUGGCACUGGAGGGUAGUGCCGCGACGUUCGAGGCUCAAGUUAGUGGUUCUCCAGUUCCUGAGGUGAGCUGGUUCCGUGAUGGCCAGGUUCUUUCCGCCGCCGCUCUGCCCGGCGUCCAGAUCUCGUUCAGCGAUGGCCGCGCUGUUCUGAGGAUCCCUGCUGUGAACGCCGCACACAGCGGAAGAUUUUCCGUCAGAGCCACCAACGGCGCUGGACAAGCCACGAGCACCGCUGAACUCCUCGUUACAGCGGAGACGGCGCCUCCAAACUUCCUUCAGAGACUGCAGAGCUCCACGGUGAGACAGGGCAGCCAGGUGAGGCUGGACGUCCGAGUCACAGGUAUCCCCACACCUGUGGUGAAGUUCUACAGAGAGGGAGCCGAGAUCCAGAGCUCGGCCGACUUCAGGAUCCUCCAGGAGGGGGACCUGUACAGUCUGCUGAUCGCCGAGGCCUUCCCGGAGGAUUCUGGGACAUACUCUGUGACUGCCACCAACAGCAGCGGACGGGCCACCUCCACCGCCGAACUGCUGGUUCAGGGUGAGGAAGCUGUACCAACGAAGAAAACCAAGACUAUUGUGUCCACGUCCCAGAUGGCGACUUCCCAGACCAGAUUACAGAGGAAGGUGGAGGCGAGCUUCCAGGCCACCACCAUGAUGGAGAUGCAUGUGGAAGGAGGAAUGAUGACUCAGCAUUUGGCUCACAAAACCCCUCCACGGGUUCCCCCAAAGCCGACCUCCAAGUCCCCGCCCUCCUUCGUUUCCAAGGUGUCGGGAGGGCGUCAGCAGUCACCUUCACCUGUCAGACACGUGAAAGGGCCGACACCCACACCUGUCAGACCCGUCUCUCCCUCCACCAGACUGUCCGUCUCCCCCAUUAGACCGGUCAAGUCUCCCGUCAUGACCAGGAAACAGGUAUCUGCCGCUGCAGAGGUCCUGCCGCCCUGGAAGCAGGGAGACUACGUGGCCGAAGCAGGCUACACCAGUAUGACCAGCAUGACCAGUAUCAGCAGCGCCACCCAGCUGCAUAUGGAAAAGCACUGGGAGCAACAGGUCACCGCUACCAGACAGGAGGCGGCUGCCGUACCCACAAGAGCCCAGGAGCCUGUGGUUCCUCCCACUCUUAUUGCUGGCCUGAAGAACGUGACGGUGACAGAGGGCGAGUCGGUGGCCUUGGAGUGCCAGAUCAGCGGUCACCCCGCUCCGGUUAUCCUGUGGUUCAGAGAGGACUACAAGAUCGAGAGCUCCAUCGACUUCCAGGUCAGCUACGAGAACGGAUUCGCCCGGCUGGUGAUCCGUGAGGCGUUCGCUGAGGACAGUGGCCGCUUCACAUGCACCGCCACCAGUGAGGCGGGAACCGUCAGCACCUCCUGCUACCUGCUCGUCAAAGUGUCAGAGGAAAUUGAGAGCAGAGAGGAGACGACUGUCACUGAAACUGGAAUUGCACAAGAGAAAACUGUUGCUGUCGAGACAAAGGAACAGAUGGUGGCAGAGGUGGCUACAGGAGCGUCUGAUGCUCCCUUCUUCGUCAAGAAACCAGCCAUGCAGAAACUGGUGGAGGGAGGAAGCGUAGUGUUCGAAUGCCAGGUCGGAGGAAACCCGAAACCUCACAUCAUCUGGAAGAAGAGCGGUGUGCCGCUCACUACUGGAUACAGAUACAAAGUCGCCUACAAGAAGGAGACAGGCGAAUGCAGACUGGAGAUCUCCAUGACCUUUGCUGAUGAUGCUGGAGAAUACUCCAUCUUUGCCAAGAAUCCUCACGGGGAAGCCUCAGCCUCCGCCAGUCUGCUGGAGGAAGAGGAAUAUGAAGCCUAUAUGAAGCAGCAUGACGUGACAUAUAAAACUGAAGUGACAACAACGGUGGUUCAGGAGCCCUCUGUGGUCGUGAGUCAGUAUGAACUGGAACAGCGGAGGGUGACAACCCCCAUGAGUUUCGUCUCAGAAACGGAAUUCCUCAUUUCAGCCUUUGAGGAAAGGAUCAUCCAGGAGAUUGAGCUCCGUAUCAUGAGGAUCACCUACAGAGAGCUGGUGACAGAGGAUGGAGAGCUGAUGGUGACCGCAGCAGAUGAGGAGGCGGUGCGGCCAGCCUUCGACACGCUGGUGAAAAACUACAGGAUCAUGGAGGGAAUGGGCGUCACUUUCCACUGCAGGAUGGCUGGAAUGCCACUGCCAAAGAUUGCUUGGUACAAAGACGGCCAACGCAUCAGGCCUGGUGGCCGUUACCAGAUGGAGGUUCUUCAAGAUGGACGAGCCAGCCUUCGCCUGCCUACGGUGCUACCGGAGGAUGAGGGCGUGUACACCGCCUUUGCAGCCAACAUGAAGGGAAAUGCCAUCAGCUCUGGGAAGCUCUAUGUGGAGCCGUCCGGAGCAGUAACACCUCAGAGAUACACACCGCAGCCAGCAGUGCAGAGGAUCAGGUCCACAUCUCCCCGUUCUCUGAGCCGCUCACCUGGGCGUUCUCCCAGCCGUUCUCCCGGACGUUCUCCGUCCCGCAGGCUCGAUGAGACAGAUGAAGCACAGCUGGAAAGACUCUACAAACCUGUGUUUGUCUUGAAGCCUUCCUCAGUAAAAUGCUCCGAGGGGCAAACUGCCAGAUUUGACUUGAAGGUUGUCGGCAGACCCAUGCCCGACACUUACUGGUUCCACAAUGGACAACAAGUGAUCAAUGACUACACUCAUAAGAUAGUGAUUAAAGAGGACGGUGUUCAGUCUCUGAUCAUUGUCCCAGCCAUGCCACAAGACUCAGGAGAAUGGACAGUCGUGGCUCAGAACAGAGCUGGACGGACCUCUGUUUCUGUAAAUCUUACGGUGGACGCUCGAGAAAGCCUAGCACGCCCUCAGUUUGUCGAAAAGCUGAGGAACAUCACUGUAAAGCAGGGCACUCUGGUUGAACUGGCUGUCAAAGCCAUUGGAAACCCCCUGCCUGAUAUCGUCUGGCUGAAAAACAGUGACAUUAUCACACCACAAAAGCACCCACAUAUCAAGAUUGAUGGUACUAAAGGAGAGGCCAAAUUCCAGAUCCCAUCUGCUUCAGGCUCAGACAGUGCCUGGUACACAGCGACAGCCAUUAACAAGGCUGGCAGAGACACCACUCGCUGCAGAGUCAACGUUGAGGUGGACUUCACUGCCCCUCAGGCUGAAAGGAAGCUCAUUAUUACCAAAGGAACCUACAAGGCGAAGGAGAUUGCAGCCCCGGAAUUGGAGCCCCUUCACCUGCGAUAUGGACAGGAGCAGUGGGAGGAGGGCGACCUUUACGACAAAGAGAAACAACAGAAACCACAGUUCAAGAAGAAGCUGACCUCUAUCAGAAUGAAGCGUUUCGGUCCAGCUCAUUUUGAGUGCAGACUGACCCCUAUUGGUGACCCCACCAUGGUAGUGGAGUGGCUGCAUGAUGGCAAACCCCUGGCAGCUGCUAACAGGUUGCGCAUGGUCAAUGAAUUUGGCUACUGCAGUCUUGACUAUGAAGUCGCCUACGCUAGAGACAGUGGUGUUAUUACCUGUAGAGCCACAAACAAAUAUGGAGUCGACCAGACCUCAGCCACUCUGAUCGUUAAGGAUGAGAAGGGUCUUGUUGAGGAAACACAGCUUCCUGAAGGCAGGAAGGGAGGGCACAGAAUCGAUGAGAUCGAGCGUAUGGCUCAUGAGGGAGGACCUGCAGGAGUCAGCGCUGACGAGGAAUCUGAAAAGACCAAACCUGAAAUCGUUCUGCUUCCUGAGCCAGCCAGAGUGCUAGAAGGCGACAUUGCACGGUUCCGCUGCAGAGUGACAGGUUAUCCAGCACCGAAGGUCAACUGGUACCUUAACGGACAACUUAUUCGCAAAAGCAAGAGAUACAGGCUUCGCUAUGAUGGUAUUUACUAUUUAGAGAUUGUUGACAUCAAGUCCUAUGACUCAGGAGAGGUUAGGGUAGUUGCAGACAAUCCUUUGGGCACCACUGAGCACACUGUGAAGCUGGAGAUCCAACAGAAAGAGGACUUUAGGUCUGUCCUGCGUCGUGCUCCCGAACUGAAGGCUGCAGAGGCUUCACAUGAACCUGGCAGAAUUGGAUUUGAUGUUGUGAAGGUCGACCAACCAGGUGAGGCCACACAGGACAGGGAAGUUGUUAAGCUUCGUAAGACACACAGAAUUGUUCAUGAGAAAACCUCAGAGGAGUCAGAAGAGCUGAAGAGCAAGUUUAAGCGUAGGACAGAGGAAGGUUUCUAUGAGUCCAUCUCUGCUGUGGAGUUCAAGUCUCGCAAGAGGGAUGACUCUUAUGAGGAUCUACUAAAGAAGACUAAGGAGGACCUGCUUCAUCACAUGAAAGAGAAGGAAGAGGCUGAGAGGAAGAAGAUGGAGGAACAGGGCAAAAUCACCAUUCCCACAAUCAAACCAGAGAGGGUCCAGCUCUCCCCUAGCAUGGAAGCACCCAAGAUCUUGGAACGCAUCGCCAGCAAGACUGUGGCUCCAAUGGAUGAGGUGCGUUUCCGGGUCAGAGUUGUGGGCCGACCAGAACCUGAGUGUCAGUGGUUCAAGAACGGCAUUCAGCUGGAAAAGUCAGACCGUAUUUACUGGUACUGGCCUGAGGACCAUGUGUGUGAACUGGUGAUCAGAGAUGUCACUGCAGAGGAUUCUGCUAGCAUCAUGGUUAAAGCCAUGAACGUUGCUGGGGAGUCCUCGAGCCACGCCUUCUUGCUUGUGCAAGCCAAGGCAGCAGUCAACUUUACCCAAAACCUGGAGGAUGCCAGUGCCAAUGAGAAGGACACAAUGGUGACCUUCGAAUGCGAAACCAAUGAACCUUUCGUCAAAGUCAAGUGGUUCAAGAACAACAUGGAGAUCUUCUCUGGAGACAAAUACAGAAUGCACUCAGACAGAAAGGUCCACUUCCUGUCUGUGCUAAUGAUUGAAAUGAGGGAUGAUGCCGAAUACACCUGUGUGAUUGCAGAUGAUGAGAAUGUCAGGACGAGCGCAAGGCUCCACGUAGAAGGCGCUGCCCUGGAGAUCAUCAAACACUUGGAGAACAUAGAGGUACCAGAGACCUACGCUGGAGAGUUUGAGGUUGAGCUGUCUCGUGAGGACGCUGAAGGCAGCUGGUUCUUUAAGGACAACGAACUCUCUCCCAGCAGUAAAUACAUUAUGUCUUCCCGCCGCGGAAGACACACCCUAUCUAUCAAGGAUGUCAAGAAAGAGGACCAGGGGAAAUACACCUUUGUAUGUGGAGAUCUGAGGACUAGUGCCUCACUGAAGAUGAAAUUACGCCCAGUAACCCUGCUGCAGCCCCUGACUGACCUCACAGUCUGUGAGGGUGACAUUGCUCAGCUGGAGGUGAGGUUCUCCCAGGAGAAUGUUGAGGGAACCUGGAUGAAGAACGGCCAGGCCAUCUCUGCCUCGGACCGCAUCCACAUUGUUAUUGACAAGCUGGUCCACAAGCUGCUGGUGGAGAACAUCAGCCGAGAAGAUGCUGCUUCCUACUCUUUUGUGGUUCCCGCCCAAGACAUCUCCACCUCAGGCAAACUGAACGUUCAAACUAUUGACAUCGUGGUGCCACUGAAGGACGUGUCCUCCAUUGAGGGCACCAAAGCUGUUCUGGAGGCCAAAAUCUCCGCUCAGGACAUCAGCUCAGUCAAAUGGUACCACAACGACAAACUGCUGAUGCCCAGUGACCGAAUCCAGAUGGUUGCAAAGGGAGCUAAGCAGCGUCUGGUCUUCACCAGGACCUAUGCCUCCGAUGAAGGACACUACAAACUGGUGGUCGGCAAGGUCGACACCAGCUGUGCCCUGACUGUCGAACAGGUAAACAUUGUGAAGCACAUGGAGGACAAAGUGUGCUCCGAGUCCCAGAACGUCACCUUUGAUGUUGAAGUUUCUCACCCUGGUAUCGACCCGGUCUGGAUGUUCAGGAACCAGCAGCUAAAACCUGGACCCAAAUACAAGAUGGAGUCCAAGGGCAAGGCCCACUCUCUGACCAUCAUAGAUGCCAUGAAGGAUGAGGAGGGCCAGUACACGUUCCACGCCGGUGAAAAGACAUCCAGUGCCGAGCUUACUGUGUCCGGUGGAGCCAUCACACGGCCCCUGCAGGAUGUGACGGUGGCGGAGUCUCAGACCUCUGAGCUUGAGUGUGAAGUCGCCAAUGCCAACGCUGAGGGGAAGUGGCUUAAGGAAGGUCAGGCUGUGGACUUCAACGAGAACGUGGUGAGCGAGGUGAAGGGUGCCAUCAGGCGCCUCGUCAUCAUCAUCACCAGACCGCAGGAUGUCGGAGAGUACACCUACCAGGUGGCCAACUCCAAAACCACAGCUAACCUCAGGGUGGAGGCGGUGAAGAUCAAGAAAACUCUCAGGAACCAGACUGUGACGGAAACCCAGGAGGCGGUGUUCACGCUGGAGCUCACCCACCCCGACGUGAAAGGAUCCCAGUGGAUCAAGAAUGGCGUGGAGCUGCAGAACAGCGACAAGUAUGAGAUCACCUCUGAAGGCAUGGUCCACACCCUGAAGGUCAAGAACUGCAACACACAGGACGAGUCUGUCUAUUCCUUCAAACUGGGGAAACUGUCAGCCAAUGCCAGGCUGAACGUAGAGACGAUCAAGAUUGUGAAGAAGAUAAAGGACGUGACGUCACUGUUGGACAGCACCGCCUCCUUUGAGAUGAGCCUGUCACAUGACAACAUCCCAGUCAGGUGGAUGUUUAAAGGCGUGGAGCUGAAGCCGAGCGACAAGUGCAAGAUUGUGUCCGAGAGGAAAGCUCACAAGCUGAUCCUGCAGAACGUGGACAGCAGCAGUGCAGGAGAGUACACGGCUGUGGUGGGACACCUGCAGUGCAGUGCCAUGCUCAGCGUGGAGGCUCUACAAGUCACCAAACCUAUGAAGAGCGUGGAGGUCCCUGAGACUCAGGUGGCCACAUUCGAGUGUGAGGUUUCUCACUUCAACGUACCAUCCACCUGGCUGAAGGAUGGCGUGGAGAUCGAGAUGAGCGAGAAGUUCAGGAUCGUGGUUCAGGGGAAACUACACCAGCUGAAGAUCAUGAACACCAGCAGGGACGACUCCGCAGAGUACACCUUCAUCUGCGGGAAUGACAGAGUGUCUGCGACGCUCACCGUUAGCCCCAUCCUGAUCACCUCCAUGCUGAAAGACCUGAACGCUCAGGAGAGAGACACUAUCACCUUCGAGGUCACCGUCAACUACGAGGGCAUCACCUACAAAUGGCUGAAGAACGGCGUGGAGGUCAAGUCGUCGGACAGGUGUCAGGUCCGCAGCCGGCAGCUAACGCACUCGCUCACCAUCCGGAACGUUCACUUCGGAGAUGGAGGAGAGUACCAGUUUGUGGCCGGCUCAGCCGCCACCGCCGCCAACCUGUUUGUGGAAGCUCGUGUGAUUGAAUUCACCAAGAAAAUUAAGGACAUAAAGAUCACAGAGAAGAAGAAGGCGAUUUUUGAAUGUGAGGUUUCUGAGCCAAACAUCCAGGUGAUGUGGAUGAAGGACGGCCAGGAGCUGGACAUGUCUGAGGAACGUUACACUGUGACAGCAGAGAAGUACGUUCACCGUCUGAUGAUCCAGACAGUUCGCAUGUCCGACACUGGAGAGUAUUCGGUGGUGGCCGGAUCGAGCGUCUCCAAAGCUCAGCUGACCGUGGAGGGUCGCGACAUCCGGAUCUCUGAACCCGCUGAGCGGGAAAUUACGGUUCUGGAGAAACACAGAGCGACUUUCGAGUUCGAGGUGAAUGAGGACGACGUGGAGGGUCGCUGGCUGAGGAACGGGGUGGAGAUCCAGUUCUCGGUGGAGGAAAGGUUCAACUACGUGGCCAUUAGGAAACUGCACCGCCUCACCAUCUCUGAGACCUACAGGAGCGACGCCGGGGAGUACACCUUCAUCGCCGGCAAGAACAGGAGCACCAUGCACCUCCGAGUCAACAUCCCAGAGCCUCCUCAGAUCCUCCGCCACAUGGAGCCCCAGUCGGUGGAGGCCGGUAAACCGGCUCGCUUCUCAGUGCAGGUGAGUGGCGUUCCUCAGCCUCAGGUCUUCUGGUACAAAAACUCCCAGGCUCUGUCUCCGGGCUUCAAGUGCAAGUUCCUCCACGACGGCAACGAGCACACGCUGCUGCUGAUCGAAGUCUUCCCUGAGGACGCUGCCGUCUACAACUGCGAAGCCAAGAACGACUACGGCACCGCCACAAGCACCGCAGCGCUCAACGUGGAAGUCUCAGAGGUGGUGUCUCCAGACUCGGCUGCUCCAGUUGCUCCUCCUGUCGUCAUCUCGCCCAUCGCCAGCACUUCGGCCCGCGAGGGAGAACCAGCUCGCUUCCAGUGCAGAGUCCGUGGAGAUGAUGUGAAGAUCAGCUGGUUCCACAAGGAGAAGGAGAUCAAGCAGUCGGACUUCUUCAGGAUGUCUCAGUUUGACGACAGCUGCCUGCUGGAGAUCUCCAGGGUUUACCCGGAGGAUGAGGGCGAGUACACCUGCGUGGCCACAAACAACGGCGGGACCGUGUCCUGCUCCGCCAUGCUCACACUGGAUGUGACUCAUGUGAGAGAGCAGAUCGAAGCCAAGAUUGAGCAAGAAGUCAAAGUGCCACCUGUCUUUAGGCAGAAAAUUGCUCCUCUGGACAUAAAUGUCGGCAGCCACGCCAAGUUCGAAUGUGAGAUCGAGGAUGCCCCAGGUGUGACCUUCAAAUGGUACAAGUCUGGCAUUGAAAUCCGACAGAGCGAGAAGUAUCGGAUCCUCAGCCGCCACACUAGUUCCUCUCUGGAGCUCCUGAACCCAGUCAAAGCUGACAGCGGCGAAUACACCUGCAAGGCUUCAAACCAGCAUGGCACCGACAGCUGCACAGCCUCGCUCAUUGUCACCGAAAUGUACCCGCCAGUAUUUGUAUCAAAACCAGACCCAAUGACUUUAUAUGUGGGCAAACAGGCUGUAUUCCAGUGUUCGCUCACUGGAUCCUCACCCAUGGAAGUUGUCUGGCACAAGGACAACAUAGCCAUCUCCUCCAAAGGGAACUGUGUCAUGAAAUGUGAAAAGAACAAGUAUUCCCUUCACAUUAAGAGUCUUGAGCUGACCGAUCAGGGAGUGUACCUGUGCAAGGCCUCCAACAGUGUCGGCACUGCUACCUUUACCACAGAGCUCAAGGUUAUCAGCAAGCCCAGUUUUAUUAAGACCAUUGAGCCAGCGUCAGCCCCUGUCAAUGACCCGCUGAGGCUGGAGUGUCAGGUGGAUGAGGACACUGGUGUGACCAUCACCUGGACCAGGGAUGGCAAAAAAGUCCACCAGAGCAUGGAGUGUAAACUGUCCUUUGAGGACAAGGUGGCUGUCCUUGAGAUACCCAAGUCUAAACUGAAGGACUCUGGGAAAUAUGUGUGCACAGCCGCUAAUGAGGCUGGGAGCUCAACCUGUGAGGCUGUGAUAACAGUUCAAGAACCACCCGAGUUUGUGCUGAAACUUCCUGCCACUAAGUUUGUGAAGCAGGGUGAGUCACUCCGCCUGGAGUGCAAAGUCAAAGGCACAGCUCCUCUAAAGGUGACCUGGUACAAACAUGACACCAAGGUCACAGAUGGGGGCAACUACAGGACAUCAUUUGUUGACUCAGUAGUAGUCCUGGAGCUGCUCUCCACCAGCUUUGAUGAUGAUGGAGUUUACACCUGCGAAGCUCAGAAUGAUGCUGGCAGUGUCAGCUGCAGCAGCACACUUACCGUUAAAGACCCCCCAACUUUUGUCAAAGUACCUCAGCCUGUUGAAGGGUUGAAGGGUAAGGACGUGAGUCUGUACUGCGAGAUGAGCGGUACAUCUCCAUUCCAGAUCACCUGGUUCAAAGACAGAAAACCUCUGAUGGAGAGCAGGAAGUAUAAGAUGGUGAGCGAGGGCAGCUCAGCUACGCUUCAUGUCAUUGGGAUAGAGCCCUCAGAUGCCGGCGAAUAUGAGUGCAAAGUGUCAAACAGUGUAGGAAGUGACACCUGCCAGACGUCAGUUAAACUCAGAGAGCCACCGUCGUUUGUGAAGAAACUGUCAAACAUGACAGUGAUACUGGGAGAGGAGGUGACCCUUGUGGCCACUGUUAAAGGCUCUGAACCCAUUACUGUGUCCUGGGUUCAAGACAAGGAUCACAUUCUCAGGGAUGGUGACAACAGGAAAAUCACCUUUGAGAACAACCAGGUCGCUCUUAAGGUCUUUAAGGCCGAUGCAACCACGGCAGGCAAAUACACCUGCCAACUCAGAAAUGAUGCUGGGAGUGUGGAGUGUUUCGCUAACUUGACUGUUCUAGAACCUGCUAAAAUAGUGGAUAAGCCUGAUGCUCUGAGUGUGACGGCAGGCGAUAUAGCGGCCCUCGAGGUCAAAGUGUGCGGAACCCCAGAGCUCAUACCUAAAUGGUUCAAGGAUGGUGUGGAGCUGGCCUCUGGAAGAAAAUAUAAAAUUUCAUUUUCUCGGAUGAUUUCCAGCCUGAAUGUGCUCUCUGCUGAGAAAAUGGAUUCUGGAGAAUAUACAUUUGAGGUUAUGAACGAGGUCGGGAAGGACCUGAGCAAAAUUAAUCUCACUGUCUUAGAUAAGAUCAUACCUCCAGCAUUCUCAAGGAAGUUAAAGGAUUGUAACACGGUUGUUGGAAAAGCUGGAGAGGUGGAGUGCAAAGUGUCGGGCUCCCCACCUUUUACCAUCUCAUGGUACCACGACGGGGAGGAGAUACAGAGCGGGCCGAACUAUGAGAUUUCAUUCAGCGAAAACAGCUGCACACUCAAAGUGCCCACGCUGAAGCUGUCCGACUCUGGAGUGUAUAAAUGUAAAGCUGUCAACAAGGCGGGAUUCAGUGAAACCACAGCCUCCUUGGUGGUCAAAGAACCCCCAUCUUUUGUGGUGCCACCACAGCCGGUGGAGGCGAUGCCAGGCUCUAAUGUGACUUUCUCAGCCAUGGUGAAAGGCAGCACCCCCCUCAAACUGAAGUGGUUCAGAGGAACAAAGGAGAUCCUGGCUGGACAGGGCUGUGAUUUCUCCCUGAAGGAUAACCAAGUUGUUUUGGAGCUUUUCAACGUGGACAGAUCUCAAGCUGGAGAGUACACCUGCCAGAUCAUUAAUGAUGCUGGAAAGGAAAGUUGCCCAGUUCAUCUCACUGUCAAAGAGCCAGCAGCCUUCUCCAAGAAGCUGAAGGAUGUAUCAGUUGAGAAGGGAAAACCACUGAUGCUGGAGUGUACAUACACCGGCACUCCAAAGAUCACAGUGAACUGGAACAAAGACGGCCAGCAGAUCUUCGCUUCUUACAAAUACAACAUCACCACAACCGAAAGCUCCUGCAUCCUGGAGUGUCUCAGCACUGACGACAAGGAGGCGGCAGGAAAAUACAGCUGCGAAGUGUCCAACGAUGCUGGGAAGGACACGUGUGAGGCAGCUGUGUCCAUCCUCGAGCCGCCGUACUUCGUCGAGUUUCUGGAGCCCAUGGAGGUGACAGCUGGAGACGCCGUGUGUCUGAAGUGUCAGGUGGCGGGCACGCCUGAGAUCAAGGUGUCCUGGUUCAAGGCCGAUGGCAAAGUCCGGUCCAGCCCCACCGUUAAGCUGGAGUACUCGAAGGGCGUAGCCUGUCUAAAGCUCAGCAAAGCCAGCAAGGCCGACAUUGGAGAAUACACCUGCAAGGCAGAGAACCGGAUCGGUUCUGCCUCCUCCACCUGCAAACUCAAUGUGCAAGAGGCCAAAACGCCGCCGUCAUUCCCCAAGAAAAUCACCAGCCUGCAGCAGACAGAGGGUCAGCCUGUCAGGUUCGAGUGCCGCGUCGCCGGCUCGUUGCCCAUCGAGGUGUCGUGGCUGAAAGACGGCGAACCGCUGAGCGAGGGGGAUGAGUUCUCCAUGCUGUACGACGACAACACGGCCACGCUGCAGAUCAGCCGCGGCGAGAUGAGGCACUCUGGGGAGUACGCCUGCGUGGCCACCAACAGCGUGGGCUCGGCUUCCUGCAGAGCCAAGCUCACCCUACAAGAACCAAGAUACCCUCCGGUCUUUGACAGGAAGUUGUCACCACAGGAGGUGACGGUGGGUGACAGCAUUGAGCUGGAGUGUCACAUGACUGGCUCUGUCCCCAUUAAAGUCACAUGGUCCAAAGAUCACAAAGAUAUUCGCUCUGGAGGGAAUUAUAAGAUCAGCUGUGUGGAUAAUACGCCCCACCUGACCAUCGUGAAGGCAGAUAAAGCCGACACGGGCAGAUACUUCUGCCAUGCCUCUAACGACAUGGGGAAGGACUCUUGUUCUUCUGAUAUCACUGUCAAAGAGCGUAAAAACCCUCCGGUGUUCACCAAAAAGCCCUCAGAGCAAAUCGAGGACACGGAGGGCAAACUGGUGAAGAUCGAGGGCAGGGUCUCUGGCUCGCAGCCCAUGUCUGUCAGCUGGUUCAAAGACGACACGGAGAUCUACAGCUCCGACAAAUACGACAUCAGCUUUAAGAGUAACGUGGCUGUGCUUUGCAUCAAGAGCAGCCAGGUGAGCGACAGCGGCAGGUACUCCUGCCAGGCGUCCAACGAAGCUGGAAGAGCGUCCUGUGACGUCGCUGUGGGCAUCUCAGAGGCGAAGAAGCCUCCGGUCUUUGACGUCCCGCUCAAACCGGUGACUGUGGACGAGGGCGAGAAGCUGAGCCUCAGGUGUCAUGUCUGCGGGUCUCCGCCACUGAAGAUCCAGUGGAUGAAAGACAGGAAGGACCUGACGUCAGUUGGCAGCACCAGGAUUAGCUUCUCUGACGGGACGGCCUGCCUGGAGAUCAGCCCGGUCUCCAGACACGACGCCGGCGAUUAUCUCUGCAAGGCCACCAAUGACGCCGGCAGUGAGUUCUCCAAGGCCAAGGUCACCGUGAAAGAGAAACCAGGAGCAGCUCCACCUCCUGUUGAAGCUCCAGCUGCAGCUCCAACCAAGAAACUGGACAAUCUGUUCUUCAUUGAGGAGCCCAAAACUGCCCACAUCACUGAGAAGGGCACCGCCACCUUCAUCGCCAAGGUGGGCGGUGACCCCAUCCCCAGCGUGAAGUGGAUGAAGGGAAAGUGGAGGCAGAUCACACAUGGUGGCCGGAUCUCCAUCGAGCAGAGGGGCCAGGAGGCCAAACUGGAGAUCAGAGAGGUGACCAAGUCGGAUUCGGGUCAGUACCGGUGUGUCGCCUCCAACAAGCACGGCGAGAUCGAGUGCAGCGCCGACAUGCAUGUGGACGAGAAGAAAGAGGCGGCGCUGCUCGAGGGAGACCUCCGAGCCAAACUGAAGAAGACGCCAUCUAAGCAGAAGAGUCCCCAGGAGGAGAAGGACAUUGACAUUGUUGAGCUUUUGAGGAACGUGGACCCCAAAGAGUAUGAGAAAUACGCCCGAAUGUACGGCAUCACCGACUACCGUGGCCUGCUGCAGGCCAUCGAGCAGCUGAAGAAGGAGAAAGCUGAAGAAAGUGGAAGACCGGAACUGGAACGUGGAGACAGAGAGUCUGAUGAGGACAUGGCCCGACUGGUGGCCGACCUGCAGAAGAGGAUGGAGCGAACAGAGCCUGUCACCGUGGAGAAGGACAUCUCCGAUCAGUCCGUCUUCACCAACAAGGAGGUGGUGUUUGAGUGUGAGGUCAAGAUCAACUACCCAGAGAUCACCCUGUCCUGGUACAAGGGUACACAGAAACUGGACACCAGCAACAAGUACGACAUCAGCAUCAGUGGCGACCGCCACCUGCUCAAGAUCAAGGACUGCCAGUUGUCCGACCAAGGCAACUACCGGGUGGUCUGCGGGCCGCACAUCUCCAGUGCCAAGCUCACUGUCAUGGAGGCAGAGGUUGAGAAGCAUCUGCAGGACACAUCGGCUGCCAGAGUUCCCGUUGAGGAGACAGUGGAGACCAAGAAAGUUGAAAUGAGAGAGGAAAUCCCAACAAAAGUUCCCAAAGCUGAGAAAAAGCCUGAAGAGAAGCCGACGGCAGCCACGAAAGAGCCGUCACCACCUAAAGUAGUGGAGGCCAAAAAGCCAGUGGAGGAAAGGGUUCCUGUAGUUUCAGUCCCAGAGAAGAAGGAAGCUCCUGCUCCCAAAGAACCAGAGGAGGUUAAGAAGCCCGCUGCUCCUCCCUCGCUGCCUGCUGAAAAGCCUGGAGUGCCAAAGAAAGAUGAGCCCAAGCCUCAGAUACCAGCAGAGCCCAAGAAAGUGGUGCCUGCAGCUAAGCCUGAAGCUGAACCCAAGCCCAAACCGAAAGCAGAACCUGAACCAAAGCCUAAGCCCACACCGGCUCCCAAAGCAGAACCUGAAGCCAAACCUGUGAAGGUUGAGCCGGAGCCUGAACCUAAGCCGGCGCCAGUAAAGAAGCCGACAGCUCCACCGUCCAAAGUCCUUGAAGAAGCUGCAAAACCAGAGCUGGCAAAAAUCAGACCUGAACCAGAAGCCCGAAAACCAAAGCCAGAACCAGAAAAACCAAAACCUGAGACCCGUAAGCCUGAGCCUCCUGUAACAGAGCCAGAACCAGCCAUCUCCAAGCCAGAACCACCAGUUCCAAAAGCAGAACCUGAGGUGGUUCCCAAACCUGAACUGGCAGUGAAAAAAGCCGAGGCUGAAGUGAGAGUACCAAAACCAGAACCUCCAAAAGCCAAACCAGAAACGACACCCACUCCAAAGGAACCUGUGAAAAAAGUACCAGAAGCACCAACAAAGAAGGAGGUGUUUGCGCCUCCACCACCACCUACAGUCCCACAAAAGGUGGAGAGAGAGGAGGAAGCACCACAGAAGAAGCCUGUGGCAGCUAAAGUUCCUGUGGUUCCCGAGCCUCCUAAAGCGGCCAAGAAACCAGAACCUGCUGUUGUUCCUCCCAAAGAAGAACCAACAAAGAAAGAGAAAGUUCCUGUGAAGGAGAAGGAGUCCCCACCACAAGUCAAAGAACCAGUGGUUAAGCCAGCUGCUCCUCAACAAGAGAGCAAACUGCAGGCUGCUGUAAAACUUCAAGAAGCUGCCAAACAGCCUGAAGUCACUGACCAAACUAAGAAACUGGAGAAGAGAAUUACUGCACAAGAAGAAACUAAGCCAGUGAUCAAGCCACAGCCCAUGGUGAAAGCUGCAGAAGAAACCAAGGCAGCUGCAGAAGAAGAAAAAACAAUCAUGGUAGAAACGAAAGCUCCUGAGACAGAUGAAACCAAGGGACCCGUCCAAGCACCAGGAGGAGUAAAGAAAGAGGGACAACCAGCAGAGGAAGCAGGACGAGGUAGAGGUAGAGGACUGAAACCCAAGCAGACCCCGUCCCCUGGAGAAGGCAGGGGCCGUGGCCUGAAGCCUGGUGGAAGAGGUACCCCACCGCCAGAGGAGCCCUUCGGAGGAUUCAAGCUCAAAGCUGUCCCUCUGAAGUUCAUCAAGAAGCUUCAGGACAUUGUGCUGCAGGAGGCCGAGUCUAUUGGCUCGUCUGCUGUGUUUGAGUGUGAGGUCUCACCUUCCACUGCCAUCACUUCAUGGAUGAAAGAUGGCAGUAACCUGCGCGAGAGCCCCAAGCACAAGUUCACUUCUGAUGGCAAAGAUCGCAAGUUGAACAUUAUUGAUGUCCAGCUGUCCGAUACUGGCGAAUAUACCUGUGUGGCCAAAAACGCUGGCAAGGAAAUAUCCUGCACAGCCAAGCUCAUUGUUGAAGAGCUACCUGUGAAAUGGAUCAAAGAGCUGGAGGAGGAGACUUCAGCUCUUAAGGGUCAGCCUGUGUACAUGACCUGUGAGUUGAGCAAAGAGAGAGACGUGAUAUGGAAGAAGAACGGCGAGGUCCUGAAGAAACAAGCCAAUAAGGUUCAGAUCAAUAUCAUUGGCCUGCAGCAUGCUGUGACCAUCCAGAACUCCACCGAGGAGGACGCCGGUUCCUACUCAUGUGAAGUGGACGGCCAGGAGGACGUCAAGACUACAACGAAUGUCAAAGUGAUUGAAAUCGUCAAAGAUUGGAUCGUGAAACCACUGAGAGACCAGCAUGUGAAACCAAAGGCUACUGCUACAUUUAAGUGCGAGCUGUUCAAGGAAACUCCCAACUGGAAGUGGCUCAAAGGAGAGAAUGAGAUCACUCCUUCCGACAAGAUCGAGGUCAAGAAGGAUGGAAAGGAGCUGACACUCACUAUCAAGAACUGUCAACCUGAUGACGUAGCAGAAUAUGCCAUGGAGGUGGAAGGACGCAUUUACACUGCCAAGCUAACACUAGGAGAGCGGGAGGCCGAGAUCCUGAAGCCCUUGGCCAGCAUUGAGGUGACUGAAAAGGAAGAUGCUAUGUUUGAGACAGAGAUCUCUGAGGACGAUGUUCCAGGGGAAUGGAAGCUCAAAGGAGAGGUGUUGACCAGAUCCCCGACAUGCGAUAUCCAAAUGGAGGGUGGAGUUCGUCGGCUCACGCUGAAAAACUGCCAAGUGGAUCAGGCUGGAGAAGUGUCAUACCAGGCUCUGAAUGCCGUAACCAGUGCUAUGCUCAAUGUCAAAGCCCGAGUGAUCGGCCUGGUGAGGCCUCUGAAGGAUGUCACCGUGACUGCUGGGGAGACCGCCACCUUUGAGUGCGAGCUGUCAUACGAAGACAUCGCUGUCGAGUGGUUCCUGGGGGGUACAAAGCUGGAACCAAGCAACAGAGUGGUGCUGAAGGUGGAGGGUAAAGUCCACAGCCUGACUCUGCGCGACGUCCAGCUGAAUGAAGCCGGACAGGUCAAACUCACCGCCAAAGACUUCCAGACCGAGGCCAACCUCAUUGUCGGAGAGCCACCGGUGGAGUUCACAAAGCCUCUGGAGGACCAGACAGUGGAGGAGGAAGCCACCGCCACACUCGAGUGUGAAGUUUCCAGAGAGAACGCAGAGGUGCAAUGGUUCAGGGACGGACAGGAGAUAAGAAAGACCAAGAAGUACGAGAUGAUUGUCGAUGGCCACAAGAGAGCGCUGGUCAUCCACGACUGCACUCUGGACGACUCGAGGACAUAUGCUUGUGACGCUAAAGACUUCAAAACUUCCUGCUUCCUCAAUGUUGAACCUCCACAUGUCGAGUUCACAAAGCCGCUCCAUGAUGUCGAGGUCAGGGAGAAGGAAUCUGCCAGGUUUGAAUGUGAAGUCUCCAGAGAGGACGCCAAAGUCCGCUGGUUUAAGGAUGGAAAUGAAAUCAGAAAGGGGAAGAAGUACGAAAUUAUCGCUCAAGGUCGCCAACACAUCCUCAUCGUCCACAAGUCUGUGUUUGACGAUGAGGCUGAAUACGAAUGUGACGCAAAGACCUCCAAGUCCUCCGGCAUGCUCACUGUCGUCGAGGAGGAGGCAAGGUUCACCAAGAACCUGUCCAACGUGGAGGGAACAGAGACGGACAGCGUGAAACUGAUCUGCGAGGUCUCCAAACCCAGCGCCGAUGUUACCUGGUACAAAGGAGACGAGGAGCUGCCAGAGGGUGGCCGCUAUGAGCACAUUGUCGACGGGAAGAGGAGGAUCCUCCUCAUCCAGGACCUGAAAAUGGCUGACGCUGGAGAGUACAACUGCAGGCUGAGUCCCAGCAUCAAAACCUCCGGAAAUCUCAAGAUUAAUGAACUGGCUGCUGAGUUCAUCUCCAGGCCUAAGAGCCAGGAGGUGGUGGAGGGCGAGAAGGCGGAGUUCACCUGCUCCGUCUCCAAGGACACAUUUGAGGUCAAAUGGCUGAAAGACGACCAGGAGCUGGAGGCGGGAGACAAAUACCAGAUGGUCAGCGACGGCAAGAGGCGGACUCUGGUCGUCAAGAACUGCGAGCCCAAAGAUGACGGCGGAUAUGUGGUGAUGAUUGGACCGACCAGAGCCAGCGCUGACCUCACUGUGCUUGAGAAAUUGAAGAUCAUUACACCACUGAAGGACACGGAAGCCAAAGAAGGUCAGGAGGUCGUCCUGAACUGUGAGGUGAACAUAGAGGGAGCGAAGGCCAAGUGGCUGAAGAACGAGGAGACGGUGUUUGAGAGCAGCAAGUACGUGAUGGCUCAGAGAGACAACGUCUUCUCUCUGAGGAUCAAAGAUGCCCAGAAGGGAGAUGAAGCCAACUACAGCAUCAACCUGACCAAUCAGAGAGGAGAGCAGGCCAAGAGCUCCUGCAACCUCACCGUCAAAGAGGAAAGUCUGAGGAUCGUGGUUCCUCUGGAGGACAUCGACACUCAGGAGAUGAAGACCAUCAGCUUCUCCUGUAAGGUCAACAGGCCCAACGCCACGCUGAAGUGGAUGAAAGUCGGCGAGGAGGUCGUCUUUAACAAACGCAUCAUCUACAGAGUGGACAAAGACAAGCACACACUGACCAUCAAAGACUGCACGCUGGCCGAUGAGGGCGAGUACACCGCCGUGGCUGGAGACAGCAAGUCCAUGGCAGAGCUGAUCAUCAGCGAGGCACCGACGGACUUCAGCAUGCACCUGAAGGACCAGACCAUCACCGAGUUUGAAGAUGCAGAGUUCUCAUGCAAGCUGACCAAAGAGAAAGCAGAGGUCAAGUGGUACAGGAACGGCCGUGAGAUCAGAGAAGGACCCAGAUACACAUUUGAAAAAGAUGGAAAGAUUUGCACCUUGCGUAUCAAGGAGUGCAGACCUGAUGAUGAGUGUGAAUACGCCUGUGGUGUGGACGAGAAGAGAUCCAGAGCCAGGCUCUUUGUGGAAGAGACCCCAGUGGAGAUCAUCAGACCACCACAGGACCUGUUCGAACCUCCAGGCUCCGAUGUAGUGUUUGAGGUGGAGCUCAACAAGGACAGAGUGGAGGUGAAGUGGUUGAGGAACAAUAUGACGGUCGUCCAGGGAGACAAAUACCAGAUGAUGAGCGAGGGUAAAGUCCACAGACUGCAGGUCUGUGAGAUCAGACCCCGAGACCAGGGAGAGUACAGGGUCAUCGUCAAGGAUAAAGACGCCAAGGCCAAGCUGGAGCUGGCAGCUGUGCCUCAAAUUAAGACCACGGACCAAAGCUACGUCACAGAUGCCGGGAAGCCUAUUGUUAUGGUCGUCCCCUACAGUGCCUACCCGCAGGCUGAGGCUGACUGGCUGUACAACAACUUGAGUCUGCCCAAAGACAACAUUCACACCUCCGCUGACCGCACAGAGUACCGGCUGAAGGAUACCAAGAAGUCAGACGAGGGCCGCUACAAGAUCAUAAUCAAGAACAAACAUGGAGAGGGAGAAGCCUUCAUAAACCUGGACGUCAUUGAUGUCCCGGGACCCGUGAAGAACCUGCAGGUGGUAGACACCGCAGACGGCGAGGUCAGCCUGGCGUGGGAGGAGCCCGAAAGUGACGGCGGCAGCAAGGUCAUCGGCUAUGCGGUGGAGAGACGUGACGUGAAGCGUAAGACCUGGACGCUGGCCACCGACCACGCCGAUAGUCCUGAGUAUACGGUGACCGGCCUCCAGAAGGAUUCAUUGUACCUGUUCAGAGUCUGCGCCCGAAACCGGGUAGGCAGCGGACCCAACGUAGAGACUGACAAACCUGUACAAGCCAAGAACAAGUUUGAUGUUCCCGAGGCUCCUCUGAACGUGAUCGUGGGGAAUGUCACCAAGUUUGGUUGCACAGUCUCCUGGGAACCUCCCGUGUCAGACGGAGGCUCUCCCAUCACCUCCUACAUCAUCGAGCUGCGCGACCGGACAUCGGUGAAGUGGUCGCCCGUCCAAGUGACCAAAGCUGACGAGCUCAGCGCCAUCAUCAACGAUGUCAUCGAGAACAAAGAGUACAUCUUCAGAGUCAAAGCCGAGAACAAAGCCGGUGUCGGCAAGCCCAGCGCUGCCUCCCAGCCCAUCAAGAUCAUGGAUCCCAUCGAGCGUCCCAGUCCCCCUCUGAACCUGUCCUGGCAGGACCAGAACAAGAGCUCAGUGCAGCUCACCUGGGAGACUCCUCUGAGGAAUGGAGGCAGCAUGAUCACCGGAUACAUCGUCGAACGCUGCGAGGAUGGCAGCGAGAAGUGGCUCCGCUGCAACGCUCGCCUCUGUCCCGACCUCUUCUACAAGGUGUGUGGUCUGAAAUAUGGAACCAAGUACAACUACAGAGCGUUUGCUGAAAACGCCGCUGGAGUCUCUGACCCGUCAAACAUCGUUGGACCUCUGUUGGCUGACGACCCUCAUGUUGGUCCGACCUUUGACCUGAGUGCCUUCAAAGACGGCCUGGAGGUGAUCGUCCCUCAGCCUCUCACCAUCAGAGUCCCCAUCACUGGAUACCCGACCCCCAUUGCCAAGUGGACCUUUGGCGAGAAGGAGCUGACCACCGCUGAUGAGCGUGUCACCCUGAUGACCAAGUCCACGUUCACAGAACUGAUCGUCACACCGAGCGUCCGCCCGGACAAAGGCAUCUACACCCUGCAUCUGGAGAAUGAUGUCACAUCUGUCUCUGGAGAGAUCGAAGUCAACGUCAUUGCUGCGCCCAGCGCUCCAAAGGACUUCAAGGUCUUGGAGGUGACACGGCAACAUGUCCACCUGAGCUGGGAGGCUCCAGAGCACGACGGAGGAAGUCCUCUGACAGGCUACCAAGUGGAGAAACGGGAUGUGUCCCGCAAGACCUGGGUCAAGGUGGUCACAGGUAUCCAGGAUCUGGAGUUCACCGUCACCGAUGUGGUUGAAGGGAAGGAGUAUCUGUUCAGGGUCACUGCCUGCAACAAGUGUGGACCUGGAGAGCCAGCAUACAUCGAUGAGCCCGUCAACGUCUCCUCUCCUGCCACUGUCCCUGACCCUCCAGAGAACCUGAGGUGGAGAGACAAGUCGGCCAGCGGCAUCUUCCUGACUUGGGAACCACCAAAGUACGACGGCGGCAGUGGGAUCCGGGGCUACAAUGUGGAUCGCUGCCAGAGAGGAACAGAUAAGUGGGAGCCCUGCGGGGACCUGGUGCCUGAGCUGAAGUGCCAGGUGACGGGUCUGAUUGAGGGCCAGUGGUACUCCUACAGAGUCCGAGCCCUGAACCGUCUCGGAGCCAGCCGACCCUGCAAGGCCACUGACGAGAUCCAGGCGGUUGAUCCCAUAGAACCUCCAGAGAUCCAGCUGGAUGCCAAGCUGCUGGCCGGACUGACUGCCAAUGCUGGCAGCAAGAUUGAACUCCCUGCCGAGGUGACAGGAAAGCCUGAGCCCCGAGUGAAGUGGACCAAGGCCGACCUGGUCCUGAAACCAGAUGAUAGGGUGUCCAUUGACACCAAACCAGGACACUCCACCGUCACUAUCGCCAAGACCAAGAGAGACGACAGCUCCACCUACAUCAUCGAGGCCACCAACAGCAGCGGCCGCGCCACCGCCACCGUUGAUGUCAACAUCCUUGAUAAGCCUGGUCCUCCGGCUGCCUUUGAUAUCUCUGAGAUCACCAAUGAGUCCUGCUUCCUGGCCUGGAACCCACCGCGUGAUGACGGUGGCUCCAAAGUUACCAACUACAUUGUCGAGCGCCGAGCUGCCGACAGCGAGAUCUGGCACCGCCUGUCCUCCACUGUCAAACAGACCACGUACAAAGCUGUGGGCCUGGUCAAGUUCAAGGAAUACAUCUUCAGAGUCUUUGCGGAGAACCAGUUUGGUGUUGGCCCACCGGCUGAACACCCAUCUAUCAUCGCUAGAUACCCCUUCGACACUCCUGGAGCUCCUUAUAAGUUGGAGCCUUCAGACAUCGCCAAGGACUCUCUGACUCUGACCUGGUACGAGCCUGACGAGGAUGGAGGAAGCCCCAUCACGGGAUACUGGGUGGAGAGAUACGAACCUGACCAUGACAAGUGGAUCAGAUGCAACAAGCUGCCCAUCAAAGACACCAACUACAGAGUCAAAGGUCUUCCCACCAGGAAGAAGUACAAGUUCAGAGUCCUGGCUGAGAAUCUGGCUGGAACUGGAAAACCCAGCAAGGAGACAGAUCCGAUCCUCAUCAAAGAUCCCAUUGAUCCUCCAUGGCCUCCCGGGAAACCCACCGUGAAAGACGUGGCUAAGACCUCCUGCUUCCUGAUGUGGACCAAACCAGAGCAUGACGGCGGAGCAAAAAUCGACAGCUACGUCAUUGAGAUGCUGAAGAGCGGUACCAUGGACUGGAUCCGCGUGGCGGAGAACAUCAGCGUCCUGGAGCACUUCCUGAAGGGCCUGAUGGAGAAGCAGGAGUACUCAUUCAGGGUGCGGGCUGUUAACAUGGCCGGGGAGAGUGAACCGAGCGAGCCCAGCGAUCCAGUGCUCUGCAAAGAGAGACUGAACCCUCCUUCGGCUCCUCGCUGGUUGAAUGUCGUCAGCAUCAGCAGGAACAGUGCCGACUUGAAGUGGACGGCCCCCGAGCGCGACGGAGGCUCACCCAUCACCAACUACGUGGUGGAGAAGCGUGACGUCAGGCGUAAAGGCUGGCAGGCUGUGGACACCACAGUCAAGGAGCUGAAGUACACCGUGACUCCCCUCAACGAAGGAUCGCUGUACGUGUUCCGCAUUGCUGCUGAGAACGCCGUGGGGGUCGGAGCAUUCUGUGAGCUGGAGGACUCUGUGCUGGCCAAAGACACAUUCACUACUCCUGGGCCACCAUACGCGCUCGCUGUGAACGCUGUGACCAAAAGAUAUGUGGACAUUCAGUGGGAGGCGCCAAAAAACGACGGUGGAAGACCCAUCCUCAGGUAUUCCAUUGAGAAGAAGGAGAAGCUUGGAACUCGCUGGGUUAAAUGUGGAAAGACUUCAGGUCCGGACUGUAAGUACAGGGUGACAGACGUCAUCGAGGGAACUGAGGUUCAGUUCCAGGUCCGCGCUGAGAAUGAGGCUGGUGUCGGUCAUCCGAGCGAACCCACCGAGAUCCUCACCAUCGAAGAUCCAACAGGUGUCCCAUCCCCGCCCAUCGAGCUGCACGUGACUGGAGCCAGCCGAGAGUUCCUGUCCAUCGCCUGGAAACCUCCGCAGAGGGACGGCGGCUGCCCCAUCACCGGUUACCACAUCGAGAUGUGCGAGGCCGGAACAGAGAAGUGGAUGAGGGUCAAUUCCCGCCCAGUGAAGGAGCUGAAGUACCGUGUGGAGGAAGGUGUGGUCCCUGAGAAGGAGUACAUCCUCAGAGUGAGGGCCAUCAACGCCGCUGGAGUUAGCGAGCCCUCGGAUAUCUCCGAGAACGUCUUCGCCAAAGACUCUGACUGCAACCCAACGCUGGACUUCCAGACUCUGGACCUGGUUGUUGUGGAAACAGAGAAGCUGCACAUCCCAGUUCCCUUCAGAGCCGUCCCUUCACCCAAAAUCACUUGGCACAAGGAUGGCAAGGAGCUGAAGGCCGACGAGCGCCUCGGCUUCAGGAAGGAGUAUACUUCCUGUCACCUGGAGAUUGACAGCAGCCUUCACGACGAUGCAGGAGUGUACAAAGUAACUCUGGAGAACAAACUGGGAGCCGCCAGCGCCACCAUCAACGUCAAAGUCAUUGGUCUUCCUGGUCCCUGUAAGGAAAUUGUGGCCUCUGAGAUCACAAAGAGCUCCUGCAAAGUGUCCUGGGAUCCUCCAGACUAUGACGGCGGCAGCCCGAUUCUUCACUACGUCCUGCAGCGGCGCGAGGCCGGCAGGAGGACAUACGUCAACAUGAUGUCUGGAGAGAACAAGGUGAGCUGGCCUGUCAAAGACCUCAUCCCCAACGGAGAGUACUACUUCAGAGUCCAAGCUGUUAACAAGAUUGGAGGAGGAGAGUUCAUCGAGCUACGCAACCCUGUCAUAGCAGAGGACCAGAAACAUGCCCCUGACCCACCUGUGGAUGUGGAGACCCACAAUCCCACAUCCAGCACCGUUACUCUGACCUGGAAGCCUCCCAUGUAUGAUGGCGGAUCCAAGAUCAUGGGCUACAUCCUGGAGAAGCAGCAGAAGGGCGAGGACAAGUGGGAGAGGUGCAAUGACUUCCUGGUGCCCGUCCUAUCCUACACCGUCAGAGGACUGACGGAGGGCAAGAGCUACGCCUUCAGAGUGAAAGCGGAAAAUGCAGCCGGGGUCAGCGAGCCGUCACGCAGCACACUGUUCGUCAAGGCCUCGGACGCUGUUGAUCCUCCAAAGGUUUUCCUGAGCGGCAGCCUGCAGUCCGGUCUCAGUGUGAAGCGAGGCUUCGAGAUCUGCCUGGAUGCCAACAUUUCCGGCUCGCCAUACCCUGAGAUCACCUGGUACUGGAACAACCAGGUGAUCCGGCCUGAGCCGCUCCGCAAGAGGCCUGAAAGGCCCCUGAAGAAGAAGGUGGAGAAGAAGGAGGAGGAGAAGAAAGAGGAGGGAGAAGCUGAGAAAAAAGAGGAGAAGAAGGAGGGAGAGGUGAAGGAAGGAGAGGAGAAGAAAGAAGGAGAGGAAGAGAAGAAGGAGGAGAAGAAGGAGGAGAAGAAGGAGGAGGAGGCCGCAGAGCCGGAGGUGGAGGAGUCCGAUUAUCCAACGAUAAACGAGCGUCUGGCCAUCAACAACAGCCGCAGGGGCACAUCCUCCGUCGUCAUCAGGGACUCAAUCCGUGCCGAUCACGGUGUCUACAUGGUGAAGGUGGAGAACGACCACGGCAUCGCCUCGGCAACCUGUGAGGUCAACGUGCUCGAUACUCCUGGUCCCCCUGUGAACUUCAGAUUCGAGGAGGUGAGGAACAACUCUGUGAUCUGCAAAUGGGAUCCCCCUCUGGACGAUGGCGGCAGUGAGAUCCUCAACUACACUCUGGAGAAGAAGGACAACUCCAAGCUGGAGAUCGGCUGGAGCAGCGUCACCUCCACACUGAGAGGAUGCCGCUACCUGGUGCCCAAACUCAUUGAGAAGAAGGAGUACAUCUUCAGGGUCGUGGCUGAGAACAAGUUUGGUUCUGGUCCUCCCUGUGUCUCCAAACCAGUCAUCGCCAAGAAUCCUUUCGAACCUCCUGAGGCUCCUGAUAAGCCACAGAUUGAUGAUAUCACAGCCCACAGCAUGCUGGUCAUCUGGAAUGAGCCAAAUGACAACGGCAGCCCCAUCGUGGGAUACUGGGUGGAGCGUCGCGAGAUCAACAGCUCACACUGGGCACGUGUGAACAGGAACAUUGUCCCUGACACUGAGCUGAACGUGGAAGGUCUGCUGGAGGGGCUGACUUACAUCUUCAGGGUGGCUGCUGAAAACCAGGCCGGCCCAGGAAAGUUCAGCGUCCCCUCCGAACCCAAGACAGCCCAAGCUCCAAUCUUACCUCCUGGACCACCAGUCGCCCGAGUGGUUGCAACCACUGACCACUCCAUUGAUGUAGAGUGGGACCCACCUGCCGACAACGGUGGGGGAGAGGUCCUGGGAUACCAUGUGGAUAAGGCCAUGGCUGGUACCAAGGACUGGUCCAGAUCUACAGAGCGCCCUUGGAAGACCCGGGCCUUCACUGUCUAUGGAGUUCGUGAAGGAGCCAAGUAUCUGGUUAGAGUAAUUGCCUGCAACGCUGCUGGAGAGGGAACACCAGGAUUCACAGAGUCUGUGUUUGUCAGAAAUCCUGCAGAGGUGCCAGUGAUUGAACUGGACCUGUCUGUCAAGAAUGGUGUGAUCAUCAGAGCUGGAGAGACACUGCGUGUACCUGCCACAGUCACAGGUAAACCGUACCCAUCCAUCACCUGGACCAAGGACGAUGGUAAACUCGACAAAGACCGUGUGGAGCUCCUCACUGAGGGCAAUGACAGCAUUGUUUCAAUCAAGAAUGUCCAGAGGAAAGACUGCGGCAAAUACCAGAUCUCAGCCUGCAACCCUAGCGGCACCAGGUCUGCUGGAACUAGAGUGGAGGUCAUGGAUGUCCCUGGACCUGUCACGGACCUGAAGCCCGUCGUUGUCACUCGUAAGAUGAUCUUCCUGAAUUGGGACGACCCAGAGGAUGACGGAGGCAGCGAUCUGACUGGUUUCAUUGUGGAGCGAAGAGACGUAAAGAUGCACACAUGGAGGCAGCCUAUUGAAACUGCCUCAUCCAAGUGUGAAUGUGUGGGUAUUAUGGAGGGACAGGAGUACAUGUUCCGCGUCAUAGCCAAGAACAAGUAUGGCAUGGGGCCGCCUGUCGAGCUGGGACCCAUCAAGGCUGUGGACCCACAGGGCCCACCAUCCUACCCUGAGAAGUUCCAUUACACGGAGCGCACCAAGAACUCCAUCACACUGGCCUGGAAGCCACCUCGUAAUGAUGGCGGCAGCCCUGUCAUCGGCUACUUUGUUGAGAAGAAGAGGCAGGACCAGCAGGCUUUCGAGCCUUGCAACACAGAGAUCUGCCCCAACAUGAGCAUGACUGUGGAGGGCCUGGACGAGGCCUGGAUGUAUGAGUUCAGGAUCAAGUGUGCCAACCUUAUUGGGGAGAGUGAGCCAUCCAUCCCACUUACUGUGGUCAUCCAAGAUGAUGAAGUGGCUCCUGAGGUCCACAUGCUGAAGCACUUCAAGGGCGACUCCAUUACUGUGAGGAAGGGUGAAUCCAUUGAGAUCCCAGCCGAUGUCCUGGGACUCCCUAUCCCCAAGAUUGAGUGGUCUAAGGACGACGUGGUGAUCGAGAAGCCCACCGAGACUCUGCUCAUGGAGACAGAGGUGACCGGCAGGAUGAACUGCAAGACUACACUGUCCAUCCCAGCAGCCAACAGGAGGGACCGUGGCAGCUACACUGUGUCUGCCUCCAACAACAUGGGCUCAGCCAAGCACAGCAUCUUUGUCAUGGUGCUGGACCGACCACUUCCACCCAGGAAUGUGACAGUGUCCAACAUCAAGGCGGAGUCGUGCUACCUCCAGUGGGAUGCACCACUUGAUGAUGGUGGCAGCGAGCUGACCAACUACAUUGUUGAAAGGAAGGAUGUGGUGACAGAAGAGCAAGAGCUGGAAGAGGGACAGGAAGCUCCACCUGAGCCACAGUGGGUGGAAGUUACCAACAGCAUAAUCGAGAAGAAAUACGGGGUGUGGAACCUGGAGACCAACAAGACCUACUUGUUCCGGGUCCGAGCUGAGAACCGCUAUGGUAAAUCUGACCCCUGCACAACGGAGGAAAUCCAGAUCACAGACCCCUUCGGCCUUCCCGGCCCACCAGAGAAACCAACCAUUGCAGAGUAUUCCAAGACCUCCAUGACCUUGACCUGGGAGCCACCCAGGGACAAUGGCGGAUCCAUGAUCAUCGGCUACUGGCUGGAGAAGAGGGAGAAAGGCACCAGUUACUGGGCCAAAGUCAACAAGAUGCCAGUCACCAAGAGGGGCAUGAAAGGCUGGGAGUACCAGGUGACUCGUCUGUUCGAAGGAACAGAGUACGAGUUCAGGGUUGCUGCCUGCAAUUCUGCAGGAACUGGACCAUUCAGUGGACCAUCCGACUCUGCCUUCGCUGUCGACCCACUUACUCCUCCAAGCAUGCCUGCUGCUCCCGAGGUGGCUGAUAAAACAAAGCACAGCGUCACACUGUCCUGGAAACCACCAGAGAGGGAUGGAGGAAGCCCCAUCAAGGGCUACAUCAUCCAGAUCCAGGAUGAGGGCACAUCUGAGUGGGUGAGGGUGAACGAUCCUGAAACCCUUCACCCCACCACUGAGUUCACGGUGCCCAGCCUCCGCGAGCUGAAACGCUACCGCUUCAGGAUCAUCGCUGUCAAUGACAUCGGCGAGUCUGACCCCAGCCCCCGCACCAGCGAGGUUCUGGUUGAGGAUAUCCAGCUUGCACCUUGCAUCACGAUCGACGUGAUGGCCGAUGACCUUCUGUGCAUCCGUGCUGGAGAUCCGUUCAAAAUCCCUGCCACCAUCAAGGGCCGCCCUGUUCCCAAGGUGACCUGGGACUUUGACGGCAAAGCCAAGUCACACAAGAAGAACAAACUGCACACACUGCCUGUGGACUCCGAGGUUGAGUCCACAGACACCACGUCUGUUGUGAGCAUCCCUGUAAGCCUGAGGAGCCACUCUGGACGCUACACCAUCACCGCCAAAAACAAGUCCGGACAGAAACACGUCAAUGUCAGAGUCAAUGUCCUUGAUGUCCCUGGACCUCCAAAGGAGCUGAAGGUUACUGACAUAACUCGGGCCACUAUGAGGCUGAUCUGGAAACUGCCCGACAACGAUGGAGGAGAGAGAAUUAAGAGCUACUUCAUCGAGAAGAAAAGUGUCACUGACAAAGCCUGGACCAAGGUAAAUGCAGCGUGUGCCAGCCAGGCCUACGUGGUGCCAGGUCUGCUGGAGGGUCAAGACUACCUGUUCAGGGUCAGAGCUGAGAACAGGCUUGGAUUUGGCCCAUUCACCGUCACCACGGACCCCAUUCAGGCCAGGGACCCCAUCUACCCACCCGACCCCCCCACCAAGCUGAAGGUCAAUCUGGUGACAAAGAACACUGUCACUCUGAGCUGGGAGCCUCCCAAAAACAAUGGUGGCUCUCCAGUGAAGCACUACAUCAUCGAGCGCCUGAGCUGGGACACCAGCGGCAAGGAGAAAGAGACCUGGAAGCAGUGCAACAAGAGAGACGUGGAGGAGCUCACCUUCGUGGUAGAGGACCUGAAGGAGGGAGGAGAAUAUGAGUUCAGAGUAAAAGCCGUGAACGCUGCUGGACCCAGCCGACCCUCCUCCACCGUCGGACCCAUGGUCAUCAAGGAUCAGACAUGUGCGCCCACCAUCGAGCUGCGUGAGGCCAUGGAGGGUGAGGAGGGCUGUGAUAUCAGCAUCGUGGCGAAGGUGAGCGGCUGCCCGUUCCCCACGCUCACCUGGCAGAAGGCCAGCCUGGCCAAACCGGAGGAGAAGGCUGCCAUCCAGUACGACCAGCACAUCAACAAACUGGUGACACAGGACAAGUGCACGCUGCUGAUCCAGCAAGCCAGCAGGCACGACAGCGCCCUCUACAGCCUGACAGCCAGCAACAGUCUGGGCACUGUCACCAAGGACAUCAAGCUCUCAGUGCUGGGACCUCCUGGCCCGCCUAUCGGACCAAUCAAAUUUACCGAGGUGUUUGCAGAGAGGAUUGGCCUGGCCUGGAACCCUCCCACGGACGACGGUGGAUCCAAGAUCACCAACUACGUGGUUGAGAAGCGCGAGGAGAACAGGAAGUCUUGGGUCCAUGUCUCUAACGACCCCAAGGAGUGUACAUACGUGGUGACCCGUUUGACGGAGAACCACGAGUACGAGUUCAGAAUCAUGGCCCAGAACAAGUUUGGAGUCGGGCCUCCAGUGGUCAGCGAGCCAGAGAAGGCCAGAAACCUUUUCACCGUCCCAGGUCAGUGUGAGAAACCAACCGUAACAGACGUCUGUCUGGAGUCAAUGACUGUCAACUGGGAAGAGCCAAAGUACGACGGCGGCUCCUCCAUCACUGGCUACUUCGUUGAGAAGAAGGAGACCACCGCCAAGCGCUGGACCCGCGUUUCGCGCGACCCGAUCCGGGCGCUGCCACUGGGCAACAACUGGGACGUCACCGGCUUGCUGGAGGGUGCCCUGUACCAGUUCAGGGUCAUCGCUGUCAACGCUGCCGGCUGUGGUCUGCCCAGCGUGCCCUCUGACCCCAUACUCUGCAGAGACCCCAUCAAGCCUCCCGGGCCGCCCACUCCAAAGGUGACAGACUGGACGAAGUCGACGGUGGAGCUGGAGUGGAUCCCUCCUCUGCUGGAUGGAGGGUCAAAGGUUACUGGCUACAUUGUGGAGUUCAAGGAGGUGAACAAAGAGGAGGAGGAGAAGAAAGCUCAAAGGAGGCUGCUGCUAAGCGACGCCGAAGAGGAGAAGGAGGCUGAGAGUGAGGAGAGCUGGGUGAAGGCAAAGGACACAGAGAUCAGAGGAACCAAGUUUGUGGUAGACGGUCUGAAGGAAGGCGGUCUGUACCGCUUCAGAGUCCGAGCUGUGAACGCUGCUGGAGUGGGAGACCCCGGACUUGUUUCUGAGCUGAUCGAGGUCAAAGACAGAACAAUUCCUCCUGAGAUGGACCUGGACGCCUCUGUGAAGGAGAAGAUUGUGGUCCACGCCGGUGGCACCAUCCGCAUCAUUGCCUACGUGUCCGGUAAACCCGCCCCGCAGAUCACCUGGUGCCGAGACGACGCAGAGGUGCCCAAAGAGGCUGUGGUGGAGACGACUGGGAUCUCCAAUUCUCUGGUCAUCAAGAACUGCAGACGCCAGCACCAGGGCAUCUACACACUGAGUGCCAAGAAUGAGGGAGGAGAGAGGAAGAAGGCCGUCAUCGUGGAGGUGCUGGAUGUCCCUGGACCCGUUGGUCUUCCCUUCGCCGGCGAGAAUCUAACCACCGACUCGUGCAAGUUGACCUGGUACUCCCCUGAGGACGACGGUGGCUCUGCCAUCACCAACUACAUCAUUGAGAAGAGGGAGUCGGACCGCAUGGGCUGGACCUCGGUGUCCUACACGGUGACGAGGAACAACGCCGUGGUGCAAGGACUUAUCGACGGCAAGGGCUACUUCUUCAGGAUUGCAGCCGAGAACAUCAUCGGCAUGGGACCUUUCAUCGAGACCGACAAGAUGGUUCUCAUCAAGGACCCCAUCUCUGUCCCGGAGCGUCCAGAGGACCUGAUCAUUACCGCUGUUACCAAGGACUCCAUCUCUGUCAGCUGGAGACCGCCCAAAUAUGACGGAGGCGCUGAGGUGACCGAGUAUGUCCUUGAGUCCCGCAUGAUUGGCCGGGACAACUUCACACGCAUAGGGGGCGAAGACAAGUUGAUGGACAGGAAGUACACACUGACCGGGCUGAAGGACGGCUCAAGCCACGAGUUCAGGGUCUCUGCCAUCAACCAGGUGGGACAGAGCAAACCGUCCUUUGCCACCAAACCAGUGCAGUGCAAGGAUGAGCUUGAACCACCCAUUCUGGACCUGGACUUCAGGGACAAGAUGAUGGUGAAGGUGGGGGACAGCUGCACACUGUCUGGACGCUACAGUGGCAAACCAGUCCCCACCAUCGCUUGGAAGAAGAACGAUGAGGAGCUGAAGGCGGACGAGGAGAUCGGCCUCCACAGCACCGCCCGCCAUCUCAGCCUCAACAUCAGCAAGGCCAAGAGAGAACACAGCGGCUGCUACUGUGUCAGCGUGGAGAACGCUGCCGGAGCUCGCACAGGAAUCUGCACCAUCACUGUGGUCGACCGUCCUCAGCCUCCGCAGGGCCCUGUGGUGUUCAACGAAGUCUACAGGAACUACAUGGUGAUCUCCUGGAACCCUCCUCUGGACGAUGGAGGCUGCGCCAUCUCCAACUACAUCAUUGAGAAGAGAGACACCAACAGAGACCUGUGGAUGCCCGUCACCUCAUCCUGCACAAGGACCACCUGCAAGGUGCCAAAGCUGAUCGAGGGUCGUGAGUACAUUAUCAGGAUCAUGGCUCAAAACAUCUACGGCAUCAGUGACCCCCUCCUGUCUGCAGAGACCAAGGCCAGAGACAUCUUCAAGGUGCCUGACGCUCCUAAACAGCCCACAGUUAAGGAGGUUUACCAUGACUCUGCUCUCAUCAGCUGGGAGCCACCUGCCGAUGGAGGAAAACCGAUCACAGGCUACAUCGUGGAGAGGAAGGAGACUAUGGCCAACAGGUGGGUUCGCUGCAACACCGAGAGAAUCCAUCCCAAGGUGGAGUACUUGGUGACUGAGCUGCUGCAAGGUUGCGAGUACGAGUUCAGAGUCAGCGCUGAAAACGAGGUGGGAGCUGGAGACCCAAGCCCACCGUCCAAACCUGUCUUUGCCAAAGACCCCAUAGUGAAACCCAGUCCACCAGUGAACCUCCGGGCCAUUGACUUCACCAAGGAGUCGGUGACUCUGUCCUGGGAGCCGCCUACCGACACAGGCAGAGGAAAGAUCUUCGGGUACCUGUUGGAGUUCCAGAAGGCUGGAGAGGAGGAGUGGCACAAGGUGAAUCAGACUCCAGACUCCUGCCAGGAGACCAAGUUUAAGGUGAUCAACCUGGAUGAGGGUGCUCUUUACCGCUUCAGAGUCAUGGCGGUCAACGCUGCGGGAGAGUCUGACCCGGCUAACGUGAAGGAGCCAAUCAGAGUGCAGGACAGACUUGAGCCCCCAGAGCUGAUUCUGGAUGCUGGAAUGACCCGAGAGGUGAAGGCCAUGGCUGGCACUCAUAUCACUCUGAUGGCUGCCAUCAAAGGCGUCCCGUUCCCCACAGUUACCUGGAAGAAGAAUGAUGCAGAGGUUCCCACCAGGGCCGACAUUGAGACCAACCAAGCAGGCACUAAGCUGGAGAUGAGAUUCUGCAACCGUGGUGACUGUGGAGAUUACACUCUAACUGUGGAGAACCCAGCUGGAUCCAAGACCGUCACAUGCACUGUGCUGGUCCUCGACAAACCUGGUCCCAUCCAGCACCUCAGAGUCUCCGACAUCAGGAGUGACUCUGCCUACCUGUCCUGGAAGGACCCAGAGGACAAUGGCGGUACUCGCAUCACAAACUUUGUGGUGGAGAAGAAAGACACAGCAUCCACUCAGUGGGUCCCUGUCUGCUCCACAUCCAAGAAACGCAGCAUGAUGCUGAAGCACCUGAUGGAGGGCACGUCCUACAUGUUCAGAGUCGCUGCCGAGAACCAGUUCGGCCGCAGUGAAUACGUCGAGACACCAAAGGCCAUCAAGGCAAUGAAUCCACUGUUCCCUCCUGGUCCUCCCAAAGACCUGCACCAUGUUGACGUGGACAAGACUGAGGUGUGGUUGGUCUGGAACUGGCCUGACCGCAAUGGAGGAAGUGAGAUCACAGGGUUCCUGGUGGAGUAUCAGGAAGAGGGGGAGAAGGAGUGGGAUGAGUGGAAGACUGUCAGCAUCCCUGAGAGUCAUGUAACUGGCUUGGAGGAAGGAAAGACCUACCGCUUCAGAGUUAGGGCUGAGAACGCCAUUGGCCUCAGCAGACCUGACACCACGGUGCCCAUCCUCUGCCAGGAGAAACUGGUGCCCCCAAUUGUCGAGGUGGACGUCAAGCUCACUGAAGGCAUCAUCGUAAAGGCUGGCACCACCAUCAGGCUGCCAGCUAUCAUGAGAGGAAUCCCCGUUCCAACUGCCAAGUGGUCCAUUGAAGGAGAGGAGAUUGUCAGCCAGGACAAUGUCAAGAUCGACACUGACAAUUUCUCCACUGUGCUUAGCAUUAAUGAGUGCACUAGAAACCACACUGGCACCUACCUGCUCACUGUGUCCAACCCAGCAGGAACCAAGACAGUGGCCUUGAACGUCACCGUCCUGGAUGUUCCUGCUGCUCCCAUUGGACCUGCCAACAUUCUGGAGGUCACUCCUGACUCUAUGACGAUUGAAUGGCGUCCUCCCAAGGAUGAUGGUGGCAGUCCCGUUACCAACUACAUCAUAGAGAAGAGAGAGUCCAAUAAGGAGACCUGGGGAGGUGUGAGCUCCGGCAGCCUAGCCACUCAGCUCAGGAUCCCACGCCUACAAAAGGGAGUGGAGUAUGUGGUUCGCAUUCGUGCUGAGAACAAGAUGGGCAUUGGUGCUCCUCUGGAGAGCAAGCCCACGGUUGCUGAGCACUCCUUCAUGCCACCCAGUCAGCCCGGUAAGCCGCAGAUCUCCGAUAUCGCAGAGGAUGCUGUUACAGUCGGCUGGACCAUGCCCCUAACUGAUGGUGGUAGCCAGAUCACCGGCUACAUCAUCGAGCGCAGACACAAAGGAGGAAAGUGGAUCCGUGUCAAUAAAACACCCUGCAAGGACCUGAGGUACAGAGUCCUGGGUCUUUUUGAGGGCAAUGAGUAUGAGUUCAGAGUGUUUGCCGAGAAUAUCGCCGGAUACAGUGGCCCCUCUCCCAUCUCUGAUCCCUGCAAGCCCUGCAGGCCUAUCACUGUCCCCAGUCCUCCUGUCAACCCCAAAGUUAAAGAUUACAGCAAGACCACCGCUGACCUGGUAUGGACCAAACCCACGAAAGAUGGAGGCAGCCCUAUCCUGGGAUACACUGUGGAAAUGAAGAAAGCAGAUACUGAAGAAUGGAAAAAAGUAAACCUGGAUGACUUUAUCAAGCAGUGUGUCUACAGGGUGAAGGGUCUGGAGGAGGGCAUAACCUACAGAUUCAGAGUCCGUGCCUCGAAUAUGAUUGGAGAUGGAGAGCCGAGGGAAAUCCCAGAGUCCAUCACUGCUCAGGAUAUCCUCAUCCCUCCAGAGAUUGAGAUGGAGGCCACCUGCCGCGAACGGGUCACUGUGCGUGUCGGGCACAAUAUCAACAUCAUUGGUUACAUUAAGGCCCGUCCUGACCCUGAGGUGCAUUGGUCAAAGGAGGAGACAGUUCUGGAGAACAACAAACGUGUCACCAUCACUCAGAACUUCCCUGUGGUCCACCUGAAGAUCAAGGAGGCCACAAGAGCUGACCAUGGCAAAUAUAUCCUUAAGGCUUCAAAUGAAGGCGGUGAGGCCUCCUGUGCCAUUACAGUCAAUGUGCUAGACAGGCCGAGCCACUGCCAGAACCUGCACAUUACCUAUGCAACCAAGGACUCAUGCAUGGUCAACUGGGAGGCCCCUAAGGAUAACGGUGGAUCUGAGAUUACCAACUACAUUGUGGAGUGCCGUGAGCCCAGCAUUAGCAUGUGGUCUAUGAUCUCCUCCAGCUGCACCAAUCGCAAGAUCAAGGCCAAGCUGAUGGAGGGCCACGAGUACCUGUUCCGUGUCUGUGCUGAGAACAAGAUAGGACCUGGACCCUCUGUGGAGACCAAGACCCCUCUGCUGGCCAUUGACCCCAUUGAGAAGCCUGGUGAGCCAGAGAACUUCAGAGCCACUGACAUUGGUAAGAACCACGUCUAUCUGAGAUGGAGGAAGCCUGACUAUGAUGGUGGCAGCCCGAACCUCUCAUACAACCUGGAGUGCAAAGCCAAAGAUGCCGAGGAGUGGGAGAAACUCAACACCGGCAUUCUUACUGACACUUUCUUCCUGGCUGACAAGUGUGUAGAGAACCAGACAUACACCUUCAGGGUGCAGACCAUCAAUGAAGGGGGUGAAAGUGCCUGGGUGAAACUUGCUGAUAUUGUGGUGAGAGAGGAGAUCCAGAAGCCUGUCAUUGACCUUAAGCUGGCCGGAACUCUGACAGUGAAGGCUGGAGAGUCGGUCAGGAUGGAGGCCGCUCUGAGAGGAAAGCCACAGCCUGAAGUCAAAUGGACGAAAGACAAGGCUGUAGGAGACAACCCCAGAAUCAGCUAUGAGACUGGCCCAGACUACUCCAAGUUCCUUAUGACAAAGUCCAGACGGACUGACACCGGAAAGUAUGUCAUCACUGCCACCAACUCGGCUGGCACCUUCACAGCAUAUGCCAAUGUUAAUGUCCUGGAUGUCCCCGGACCAGUCAGGAACCUCAGGAUUACUGGAAUAGGAGCCGACAAAUGCAGAGUUGUGUGGGAUUCUCCAGAAGAUGAUGGAGGUUGUGAGGUAGACAGCUACAUCCUGGAGAAAUGUGAGACCAGGAGGAUGGUCUGGUCCACAUAUUCAGCCUCUGUGGUCACGCCAUACUGCAAUGUCACUCGUCUAGUGGAGGGCAAUGAGUACAUCUUUAGAGUGCGGGCUGAGAACAAGAUGGGAACUGGCCCCGCCAUGGAGAGCAAGCCUGUCACUGUAAAAACUCAGUUCAAUAGACCUGCACCCCCUGAUCCGCCAGAGGUCACCAAGGUGAGCAAAGAAGAGAUGACAGUGGUCUGGGCUCCUCCUGAGAACGACGGAGGAAAGUCGAUCACAGGUUACAUCCUGGAGAGGAAAGAGAAGAGGGCGGUGCGCUGGGUGCCAUGCACCAAGAGCCCCAUCUCUGAGAGACGCAUGAAAGUCACCAACCUGAUUCCCAACCACGAGUACCAGUUCAGGGUGAAGGCUGAGAACGAGGUUGGUCUGGGAGAGCCCAGCAAACCCUGCAGACCUGUUGCAGCCAAGGAUCCUAUUGAGCCCCCUGGCCCCCCUGCAUGCCUGAAGGUGGCUGACAGCACCAAGACCUCUAUCACACUGUCCUGGUCUAAACCUGUGUAUGAUGGUGGUGCCCCCAUAAUCGGCUACAGCUUGGACCUGAGGCUGAAAAGUGAGGCAGACCCUGAGAAGCCCACAGAAGGCUGGAAGAGAAUUGACACCCAUGGCCCAUUGGUGCUCACAGAGUUCACCAUUGGCCAGCUGGACGAGAAGCAGGAGUACGAGUUUAAGGUGUCUGCUCAAAACCAGGUGGGCUGGGGACGCCACGCCUACUUGAAGGAAGCCGUCUCCCCCAAGGAGAUUCUGGAGGCUCCAGAGAUUGAACUGGACGCCAGUCUGAGAAAAGGCCUGGCUGUCAGGGCCGGCUGUCCAAUCAGGCUUUUUGCUGUGAUCAGAGGAAGGCCUGCCCCCAAGGUUACCUGGAAGCGCAUGGGUGUGGACAACGUGGUCCGCCGAGGUCAUGUCGACCAGGUUGACACCAUGUCCUUCUUGGUCAUCCCUGAGAGCACCAGAGAGGAUUCUGGGAAAUACUCGCUGACUCUGUCCAACUCAGCUGGAGAGAAAGCUGUGUUCGUCCGAGUCAAAGUGCUCGACACACCUGGUCCUGUCGGCGGCUUGGAGGCAACUGACAUCACCAAGACGACAGCUCAGCUGGCUUGGUUGCCACCAGAGAAUGAUGGUGGUAGUCCCAUCAUCAACUACAUUGUGGAGAAACGGGAGGUGGAUAGGAAGACCUGGACUAAGUGCACAGAGGAUCUGAAGAAGACCAGCUUCAAGGUGACCAACAUGACACCUGGCAUUGAGUAUUACUUCAGAGUCAUGGCCUGCAACAAGUACGGCAUUGGAGUUCCUCAGGACUCACCCAGGUCCUACCUGGCUGUGGAUCCCAUCAGUGAGCCAGAUCCUCCAAAGAAGAUGGAUGUUUUGGAGAUCACCAAGAACAGCGCCACACUGGGUUGGCUGAAGCCACUCAGAGAUGGAGGAGCCAAGAUCAACGGUUAUGUGGUGGACUACCAGGAGGAGGGUGCUCCUGAGGACAAGUGGACACCUUACUCUGUGGUCAAAGACCUGACUAUUGUGGUGGUUGGUCUUACGGAAGGAAAGAAGUACAAGUUCAGAGUGGCAGCCAGGAACUCAGUGGGAGUCAGCCUGGCCCGAGAGGCAGAGGGAGUUUUUGAAGUCAAGGAACAACUUAUGGCUCCUAAGAUCAUCAUGCCCGACGUUGUGACUGUCAGAGCUGGAUCCAAGAUGGUGAUAGAGGCCAUCGUGGCAGGUAAACCCGCUCCCUUCUGCAAGUGGAAGCAGGGCAACGAGGAUGUGCUGACCUCUGACCGGCUGUCCGUUGUAAAGACGCUGACAACCUGCACAGUAAUUAUCAAGAACGUGACAAGAGCGGACAGCGGCUACUACAGCUUGUCAGCCGAGAACAGCGCUGCCAAGAUCAACCAGAUCCUCAGAGUUACUGUCAUGGACAUUCCUGGACCUCCUGAAGCUCCUUUGGAGAUCACCGAACUGGACAUUGAUGCCUGCACAUUGCUGUGGAAUUCCCCGCAAGAGGAUGGUGGCAGCAACAUCACCAACUACAUUGUGGAGAAGUGUGACAUUAGCCAGGGUGACUGGGUCACUGUGUCCACAUCCUGCACUAAAACCAGCUUCAGAAUGACCAAACUGACACCUGGCAAAGAGUACGGCUUCCGAGUCCGUGCUGAGAACAGGUUUGGCAUCUCUGAGCCCAUCUAUUCCGAGAAGAUGAUUGCCAGACAUCCAUUUGAUCCUCCCAGUGAGCCCAGAAACCUGCAGAUCAACAAAGUCAACAAGGACUUUGUCAUCCUAUCAUGGGAGCGUCCCAGCAGUGAUGGCGGCAGCCCCAUCACUGGAUAUUGCAUUGAAAAGAAAGAAAGGAACAGCCUUCUGUGGGUGAAGGCCAACGAAUCCGUGGUCAAAGCUACCCAGUACACCUGCACCAACCUGAUUGAAGGCCUGGAGUACACAUUUAGGGUGUCUGCACUCAACCUGGCUGGACAGGGCAAACCUUGCAAACAGACUGACUUCAUCACUGCCAGGACUGCUGUUGACCCACCAGGAAAACCUGAACCCAUGGAUGUGACUAAGAACUCUGUGUCAUUGGUCUGGAGCCGUCCUAAGCAUGAUGGCGGCAGCAAGCUGAUUGGCUACUACGUGGAGUACACAAAGCUUCCAGAGGAGAAGUGGACUCGCUGUAACGCCAACUGCAUGAACAUCCAGACAGAGAGCUAUGUGGUGACUGGCCUGGAGGAGGGCCAACAGUACCAGUUUAGAGUCAUCGCCAAGACAGCCAUCAACAUCAGCCUGCCGUCAGAGCUGUCCGACCCCAUCCCUGUCAUCGCAGAGAAUGUUCCACCUCGUGUGGAGCUGGGCGUCAACAUGAAGAACCUAAUCGUGGUGAAAGCCGGAGAGAAUGUCUUCCUGGAUGCUGAGGUGUUCGGCAAGCCGCUGCCUAAGGUGAGCUGGAAGAGAGACGGAGUGCCUCUGGUCCUCACCGAGGGAAUGAAGAUGACCCAGAAGAAACAUCUUCACCUGCUGGAGCUCUACUCUGUCACCAGGAAGGAGUCUGGAGACUACACUAUCACCGCUGAGAAUAUCAACGGCACCAAGUAUGCCACCAUCAAGGUCAAAGUGCUCGACAAACCAGGCCCGCCUGCCUCUGUGAAAAUUACUAAAGUGUUUGCCGACCGUGUUAAACUCCGAUGGGAGCCUCCACUUGCAGACGGUGGCUCUGAGAUCACCAACUAUAUAAUUGAGAAGCGUGAGACCAGCAGGGCCAACUGGGCGCUAGUCACCUCCAACAUCCAUGGACACGUCACCGACUGCUCAGUGGAGAAACUCAUUGAAGGACACGAGUACCAGCUCAGAGUCAGUGCUGAGAACCAGUAUGGUGUGGGAGACCCCAUCAUGACUGAUGCUGUCAUGGUCAAGAACCCAUACGAUGUUCCUGGUCCAUGUGAGCCUCCAGUCAUCACCAACAUCACCAAGGACUCCAUGACAGUCAGCUGGAAGGCUCCGGCUAACGACGGUAAGGCUCCCAUUCUGGGUUACAUGGUGGAGAAACGUGAGGCCACUGAACUGACCUGGGCUAAGGUCAACCGCCGGCCGGUCAUUGACAGGACCAUCAAGGCUGCUCAGCUGACCGAGGGAUCUGAGUAUGAGUUCAGAGUCAUUGCCAUGAAUAAGGCUGGUUUAGGCAAACCCAGUGAUGCAUCCAACGCUGCGCUGGCUGUGGAUCCUGUCUAUCCUCCUGGCCCACCUGCCUUCCCCAAGGUGGUGGACUCCACCAAGAGCUCCAUCAGCCUCAGCUGGACCAAGCCUGCAUACGACGGUGGCUGUGAGAUCAUUGGCUACCUGGUGGAGUGCAAGCGAGUGGACGCCGAGGACUGGAUGAAGUGCAAUGUCCCGAAAAAGCUCCAGGCCACCAAAUUCCUCGUGACAGGCCUGAUGGACAACAUAGAAUACCAGUUCAGAGUGACUGCUGUCAACAAGAUCGGCUACAGCGAGCCCAGUGAGGUUCCUGGAAACCACAUGCCCAAGGACAUCCUCAUUGCUCCUGAGGCCGAGCUGGAUGCUGACCUCAGAAAGGCCUUGGUUCUUCGAGCUGGUGUCACCAUGAGGCUCUACGUCCCUCUAAGAGGACGCCCGGCGCCAAAGGUGACAUGGACGAAGGUGAACGCCAACCUGAAGGAGAGGCAAGGCCUGCUGAUCAAGACAUCAGACUGGGACACCCUGCUGAUGAUCGAGGGCGUUAACAGAUACGAUGCUGGCAAAUACGUCCUGACACUGGAGAACAGCAGCGGCUCCAAGAGCUACACCAUUGUGGUUAAGGUCCAUGAUUCUCCUGGACCACCUGUGAACCUGAUUGUAAAGGAGACCUCCAGGAGCCACGCCUGCAUCACCUGGGACGCACCUCUGAUUGAUGGUGGCAGCCCAGUGAAGAGCUACAUCGUGGAGAAACGUUUGGCGGAGAGGAAGGCCUGGACUUGCGUGUCAGCAGAAUGCCCCAAGACCUCCUUCAGGAUCACCAACCUGGAGGCAGGACAGGCCUACUGCUUCAGAGUGCUGGCUGAAAACACGUACGGCAUCGGAGAGGGCUGCGAGACUGAGGGCAGCGUCCGAGCCUCAGAACAACCUGGUCCAGUGACAGAUUUCAAAGCUCAGAAAACCAACAAGGACUCAAUCACCAUAGGCUGGAAGAAGCCCAUCAGUGACGGCGGAAGCCACGUCACCGCUUACAUCCUGGAGCAAAGUGAAGGCGAGGAGAAAUGGAAGCAGAUCCUGAAGGGCAAGAACACCUCACACACCAUUGGUGAGCUGACUGAGGGCAAGGAGUACUUGUUCAGAGUCAAGGCGCUGAACGAGUCCGGGGAGGGACCACCCACCGAGCUCAGUGUUGUCGCCAAGGACCAGUUUGUGCUGCCUGACUGCAACUUGAGCAGUCUGCAUGACGGCUGCUACGUGGUGAAGGAGGGCAGCACCAUGCGCAUUAACAUCCCCGUCAUCGGAGUGCCCUACCCCACUGCAACCUGGAAGAAGGGAGAUGUAGCACUUGGAGAUACUGGCCGGAUGUGCGUGGAGACAUCUCCGGGCAUCACCACCCUGCUGAUCAGAGACUGCCAGAGAGGAGAUGCCGACACCUACACCAUCAAUGUCAGGAACAGCGCUGGUUCCAAGGACUGCAAGUUCCAGCUGAAGGUGGUUGGCAAGCCCGGCAUCUGCACUGGACCCAUUAAGUUUGACGAGAUCACCGCCGACGGCAUCACCCUGGAAUGGGGACCACCCAAGGAUGAUGGCGGCGCAGAGGUGUCUAACUACAUCGUGGAGAAGAGGAGGACAACAGACAAUAAGUGGGCCACGGUGGCUUCAGCCAUCCAGAAGACUACCAUGAGGGUGAUCAGGCUCCACGAUGGAAUAGAGUACAUCUUCAGAGUGUUCGCUGAGAACAAAUAUGGGGUUGGAGAGUACCUGAGGUCUGACCCUGUCAUCGCCCAGCAUCCAUUCAAUGUGCCUGAGGCACCUGCUCCUCCAGAAAUCGUGAGCAUCCGCCAUGAGUCAGCCAUCUUGACAUGGGCUGAUCCAAAGGACACCGGUGGCUCCCCCAUUACCGGAUAUCAUGUGGAGUUUAAGGAGAGAAACAGUCUGAUGUGGAAACGAGCCAGUAAGACUCCUCUGAGAGUGAAGGAGUGCAGAGUCACUGGCCUGAUAGAGGGACUAGAGUACGAGUUCAGGGUGAUGGCCAUGAACAUGGCCGGCCUAGGAAAGGCAAGCAAGGUCACUGAGGCUGUUGUCGCCCUGGAUCCUAUUGAUCCCCCUGGCAAGCCUGAAGUGAUUAAUGUCACCAGGAGCACAGUCACUCUGAUUUGGACUGCCCCCAAAUAUGAUGGUGGCUACAAGCUGACUGGCUACAUGGUGGAGAAGCUGGAGGCUGGUGGAAAGACCUGGAUGAAGGCCAAUCAUGUCAACAUACAGGGUUGUGCCUUCACUGUCACUGACCUGACAGAGGGAUCUCAGUAUCAGUUCAGGAUCAGGGUCAAGAAUGCUGCUGGGGCUAUCAGUGUUCCUUCAGAGUCUACUGACCUUCUGACCUGCAAGGAUGAGUAUGAGCCCCCAACCAUCACUAUUGACCCAGACAUGAAGGAUGGUGUGUCGGUCAGGGCAGGAGAUACCAUUGUGAUCUCAGCCUCCAAGAUUGUGGGCAAACCUCCACCCACUGCUGUCUGGUCCAAGGGAGGCCGUGAGCUCAAGAACUCUGACGUUGUCACUAUUACGAGUACCCCCAUUUCCUCUACUCUGUCCAUCAAGUACGCAAGCCGGAAGAACACAGGCGAAUACACCAUCACCGCCAGCAAUCCCUUUGGCAUUAAGGAAGAACACGUAAAGGUGAAGGUCCUGGAUGUGCCUGGACCUCCAGGCCCUAUUGAAGCCAGUAACAUUUCAGCUGAGAAGUGUACUCUGACCUGGCUUCCACCAGAGGAGGAUGGGGGCUGCUCUAUCAAGUCCUACAUUCUCGAGAAGAGAGAGACCAGCCGCCUGCAGUGGACCAAGCUGGCAGAAAAUGUAAUGGACUGCAGAUAUGUAGCCAGCAAAUUGAUCAAGGGCAAUGAGUACAUCUUCAGAGUGUCUGCUGUGAACCAGUAUGGCACUGGAGACUCAAGCCAGUCUGGUCCAGUCAAAAUGGUUGACAGUUUCCGCCCACCAGGCCCACCCUCAACUCCAGAGAUUGAUAACGUCAGUAGGAAUGCUGUCACCAUUUCGUGGAGGAGACCAGCACAGGAUGGCGGAAGUGACAUCAGAGGAUACUGUGUAGAGAGGAAAGAGAGAAAAGGAAUGAGAUGGGUGAGAGCCUGUAAGAGGACAGUCCCGGACCUGCGCUUCAAGGUGCAGGGCCUGAGCGAGGGUGUAGAGUAUGAGUUUAGAGUCACUGCUGAGAACAAGGCUGGAUUUGGAGAACCAAGUGAGCCAUCUCGCCCUGUGAUGACCAAAGACAUCGUGUAUCCACCUGGUCCUCCAUCCAGUCCCAGAAUUACAGACACCACAAAAACCACUGCCACCUUUGCUUGGGGCCGACCCCACUAUGAUGGUGGUCUGGAAGUUGAGGGAUAUAUUGUUGAGUACAAAAAGGAGGGGCACGAUGACUGGGAGACAGAGACACAGUACCCAUUGAAAGCUACUGAAUAUGUUAUUGGUAAACUUCAAAAAGGUGGAAAAUACCACUUCAGAGUCAGUGCUGUAAACUCCGAGGGAGUCGGCGAGCCUGCAGAGGUUGAGAAAGUGACUGAACUUGUGGACCAGGAGGCACUGCCAGACUUUGAGUUGGAUGCUGAACUCAGGAGAACCCUGGUGGUCAGGUCCCGUGCUUCAAUCCGUAUGUUUGUUCCCAUCAGGGGCCGUCCUGUUCCUGAAGUAACGUGGAGCAAAGAUGAUACCAACUUGAAAACACGUGCACACAUUGACACCACAGAGUCCUACACUCUACUGGUUAUUCCUGACUGCACUAGAUACGAUGCCGGAAAGUACAACCUCAGUCUGGAGAACGUUGCUGGAAAGAAGACAGGUUUUGUUAAUGUGAAAGUUCUGGACACACCAGGACCACCAGUUAACCUCAAACCUAGAGAGAUCACUAAGAACAGCAUAACCCUCCAGUGGGAAAUCCCCAUAAUUGAUGGGGGUUCUAAGAUUCAUAACUACAUUAUUGAAAAGAGAGAGGCCACCAAAAAGGCCUACACAGUGCUUAGCACCACAUGGCAGAAGUGUUCCUUCAAAAUUCCAGACCUUGAGGAGGGAGCUUAUUACUACUUCCGGGUCUCUGCUGAGAACGACCUGGGCGUAGGUGAGCCCGCUGAAACCCCUGAGCCAAUCAGGGUAUCCCAAGCCCCCUCUGCACCAGAGAACUUGUAUGUCACCGAUGUGACUGCUGACAGUGCCAGCCUUGCAUGGAUCAAGCCCCUGCAUGAUGGUGGCAGCUUGAUCACUGGAUACGUUAUUGAGGCCCAGAAAAAGGAAACUGACCAGUGGGUCCAUGUGACAACCAUCAAGGCUCUGGAUUACACCGUCACAGACCUGAUUGAGGGUGCAGAAUAUACCUUCCGUAUAAUGGCUGUCAAUGCAUCGGGUAGGAGUGACCCCCGUGAGAGCAGGCCUGCGGUUAUCAAAGAACAGACUUCUGCUCCUUCCUUUGACCUGCGUGGAGUCUACCAGAAGACGGUCAUUGCCAAGGCAGGGGACCGUGUCAAGGUGGAGAUUCCAGUGCUUGGCAAACCCAGGCCUGUGGUUUCCUGGAAGAAGGGAGAUGCAGUGCUCAAGGAGACACAAAGAAUCAACACUGAAACCACACCAACAUCAGUUAUCCUCAACAUCAAUGAGAUCAAGAGGACUGAUGGAGGCCAGUAUUCCAUGACCGGAAAGAACAUGCUAGGGACAGUGACUGAGACAAUCACAGUACUAGUCCACGACAUUCCAGGUCCUCCCACUGGUCCCAUCAAGUUGGAAGAGGUGUCAUGUGAUUAUGUUCUUCUGUCCUGGGAGGCACCAGAGAACGAUGGAGGCGUUCCCAUCAACAACUAUAUUGUUGAGAUGCGGGAGACUACUGGCACUUCUUGGAUGGAGUUGGCAGCUACAGUGAUCCGCACCACAUUCAAGGCAGCUCGACUCAACACUGGAACUCAAUACCAGUUCCGUGUCAAAGCCCAGAACAGAUAUGGCAUUGGACCAUGCAUUUCUUCAGAUCCGGUGGUGGCUGCUUAUCCAUUUGAUGUGCCAGGCCAGCCAGGCACUCCUGUAGUCACAUCUUUCAACAAGGAUUCUAUGACUUUGAGUUGGAAUGAGCCAUCCUCUGAUGGAGGCAGUGCUAUCCUGGGCUAUCAUGUGGACAGAAAAGAGAAAAACAGCAUUCUGUGGCAGAGGAUCAGCAAAGCUCUUGUUGUUGGUAAUAUCUUCAAAUCAACAGGUCUUGUUGAUGGAAUCGCAUAUGAACACCGUGUUACUGCUGAAAACAUGGCUGGUCUCAGCAAACCAAGCAAACCCUCUGAGCCUAUGUAUGCUUUGGACCCAGUCGACCCACCAGGCAGGCCUGUGGCACUGAAUAUCACCAGACAUGAGGUGACAGUGUCAUGGACCAAACCAGAGGGAGAUGGAGGGUUUUCCAUCACAGGCUACACUGUGGAGAGGAGAGAGAUGCCCAAUGGACGCUGGCUCAAAGCCAACUUCAACAACAUUCUAGAAACCAUUUACACAGUCAGUGGUCUGACUGAGGAUGCAACUUAUGAAUUCCGUGUGUUUGCUAGAAACUCUGCUGGUGCUGUCAGUGCUCCAUCCCAGCCAUCAGAGGCAAUCACAUGCAGAGAUGACAUUGAAGAGCCCAGGCUUGAUAUUGAUGCAUCAUAUAGCAGCAAUGUUGUUGUCAUGGCUGGAGAGGUAUUCAAGCUAGAUGCAAGAGUGACUGGCAGGCCAAUCCCAUCUCUGGUAUGGACCAAGGAAGGAAAGGAGCUUGAGGAUACAGCCAAGCUAGAGAUAAAGAUGUCUGACUUCCACACAACUCUAAUAAACAAAGACUCCCUGAGGAGAGAUGGUGGUGCUUUUACUCUGACAGCCAGCAAUCCGGGUGGUUUUGCCAAGUUCACAUUCAAUGUCAAGGUGCUCGACAGACCUGGACCACCAGAUUCCCUCACUGUAACUGAUAUCACUGCUGAGAAAUGUGUCCUUAAUUGGCUACAUCCAACACAUGAUGGUGGUGCUAAGAUCGAGUACUUUAUCAUUCAGAGGCGUGAGACCAGCAGGUUGGCAUGGACAAAUGUGGCCACAGACCUUCAAGCAAAUAGAUUCAAGGUCACCAAACUUCUAAAGGGCAAUGAGUACAUCUUCAGAGUCAUGGCUGUUAACAAAUACGGUGUGGGUGAACCCUUGGAGUCUGAACCUGUUAUCUGUGCCAACCCCUAUGUCCCCAGUGAUCCACCACAGCAGCCUGAAGUCACCACAAUUACCAAGGACUCCAUGGUCGUCUGCUGGGAGCGCCCUGAACAUGAUGGAGGCAGCAGAAUAAACACAUAUAUAAUUGAGAGAAGGGAUAAGACAGGCCUGCGCUGGGUGAAGUGCAAUAAGAGGACUGUGACUGACCUGCGAUUCAAGGUCUCUGGUCUUACACUAGGACAUGAGUAUGAAUUCAGAGUUUUUGCAGAGAACAAUGCUGGUAUAAGCCAGCCUAGUCCUUCCAGUCCAUUCUACAAAGCCAUAGACACCAUCUUCAAGCCUGGACCUCCAGGGAACCCCAGAGUGCUGGACACAACCAAGUCUUCCAUCACCCUUGCCUGGAACAAGCCUGUCUAUGAUGGUGGCUCUGAAAUCACUGGUUACAUUGUGGAGACCUGUCUGCCUGAGGAGGAUGAGUGGACAAUUCAUACUCCCAAGAAGGGAUGGACAGCCACUUCCUUCACCAUUACCAACUUGAAGGAAAACCAGGAGUAUAAAAUCAACAUCUGUGCCACUAACUGCGAAGGAGUGGGAGAGCCUGCUGCUCUUCCUGGAACCCCCAAGGCUGAAGACAGACUGCUUCCUCCAGAAAUUGAACUUGGAGCAGAGUUGCGUAAGGUGGUCUGCAUCAGAGCCUGUAGCACACUUCGACUCUUUGUCCCUAUCAAGGGCAGACCAGCACCUGAAGUAAAAUGGUCGAGAGAGCAUGGAGAAUCCCUGGACAAAGCUAACAUCGAAAUCACCCCAUCAUUCACCACUCUUCAGGUAGACAAUGUUGACAGGUUUGACGGGGGUAAAUACAUGGUCACUAUAGAGAAUGCCUCAGGAAGCAAGACAGCCUUUGUUAAUGUCAGGGUGCUAGAUACUCCCGGGGCACCUCAGAAUCUCAUCGUCAAGGAGGUCACCAGAGAUUCAGUUUCCCUUGUUUGGGAUGCACCCCUCAUUGAUGGUGGCUCCAGAGUCCGCAACUACGUAGUAGAGAAGCGUGAGUCAAUGAGAAAGGCUUACUCAACUGUUUGUGCAAGCUGCCAUAAGUCAAGUUGGAAAGUUGGAGACCUGGAAGAAGGAAAGAUGUACUUCUUUAGAAUCCUGGCUGAGAAUGAAUUUGGCAUUGGUCUACCGGUAGAGACCGUUGAACCAAUUAAAGUGUCAGAGAAGCCUCUCCCACCAGGUAAAGUGUCCCUCCUUGAAGUUACUGGCACCAGUGUCACACUAACUUGGGAAAAGCCUGACCAUGAUGGUGGCAGUAGAAUCACAGGCUAUAUUGUUGAGAUGCAAGGUAAAGGCAGCGAAAAGUGGACCCAAGUCAUGGUGGUAAAGACCAAUGAGGCUCUUGUAACUGGCCUUACACAGGGAGAGGAGUACAUGUUCCGUAUUUCAGCCACCAACGAAAAGGGAGUUAGUGACCCACGUCCUCUCAGUAUGCCUGUGGUGGCAAAAGACCUUGUCAUCUCACCAACCUUCAAAUUGAUUUUUAGCACAUUCAGUGUGCUAGCAGGAGAUAAUCUGAAGAUAGAUGUACCUUACGUUGCCUGUCCCAAGGUCACCGCAACUUGGCUCAAAGAUGGCAUUGUUCUCAAGGAGACAACGAGAGUUAAUGCUGAAGCCACAGACAAAAACCUUCUCCUGGUCAUUAAGGAGGCAUGCAGAGAUGAUGUGGGCACAUACACUAUCAAACUGAUCAACUCAGCUGGAGAGGCAUCCACAGACAUCAGUGUUGUUGUUCUAGAUAAGCCUGGCCCUCCAAUUGGCCCAAUUAAGUUGGAUGAGGUCACUGCUGACAGUGUGGUCCUGUCAUGGAAUCCACCAGAGUAUGAGGGUGGUUGCACCAUCAACAAUUACAUUGUUGAAAAGAGGGACACAUCUACCACAAAUUGGCAAAUUGUGUCAGCUACAGUUGCCAGAACCACUAUCAAGGCAGCCCGUCUGAAGACUGGAUCUGAGUACCAGUUUAGGAUUGCUGCUGAGAACAGAUAUGGCAAGUCCUCAGCUCUGCUCUCUGAUACCAUUGUUGCUCAGUAUCCAUUUGAAGUGCCUAGUUCGCCACGUUCCGUCACAGUCCAGUCAGCCACCAAGGAAAGCAUGGUGGUUGUAUGGGAGAAACCCAGUAAUGAUGGUGGAAGCAAAAUUCUGGGCUAUCACUUAGAGCUCAAAGAGAGAAACAGCAUAAUGUGGGUGAAACAGAACAAACAACUAAUCCCGGAAACCAGAUUCAAGGUUGUUGGCCUUGAAGAGGGUAUUGAAUAUGAGUUCAGAGUCUAUGCUGAGAACAUUGUUGGCCUUAGCAAAGCCAGCAAACUGAGUGAAAUGCAAGUGGCCAGAGAUCCUUGUGUCAGCCCAGGAAAACCAGAGGCUGUUAUUGUGACAAGAAACCAAGUGAAACUCAGAUGGACCAAACCUGAGUAUGAUGGUGGCAUCAAGAUCACAGGCUAUGUGGUUGAGAAGAAGGAGGCAGCUGGCCGCUGGAUGAAGGCCAGUUUCACUAACAUCAUUGAGACUGAAUUUGUUGCUACAGGACUUACUGAAGAUGAGAUUUAUGAGUUCCGCAUCAUUGCCAGGAAUGCAGCUGGUGUCUUCAGUCAGCCCUCUGAGUCCACCGGAGCCAUCACUGCCAAGGAUGAGGUGGAUCCACCCAAGAUUGACUUGGAAGCUAAGUACUCCCAGGCUGUGGUGGUAAAUGCAGGGGAGACAUUCAGACUUGAGGCUGCUGUCUAUGGUAAGCCUGUGCCCACAAUACACUGGCUAAAGGAAGGUAAAGAGAUUACUGAAGCAGCUCGCCUAGAGCUCAAGAACACAGACUUUACAGCUUGUCUUGUUGUUAAAGAAGCCAUUCGUGUUGAUGGAGGUCAGUACACAUUGCUGAUAAAGAAUGUUGGAGGAGAGAAAUCUGUUAACAUUAAUGUCAAGGUUUUGGACAGGCCUGGUCCUCCUGAGGGCCCUAUCUCAAUCUAUGGGGUCACAAGUGAGAAAUGCUCCAUUGCCUGGAAACCUCCCAUGCAAGAUGGAGGUAGUGAUGUUUCCCAUUACAUUGUUGAGAGGAGGGAAACCAGCAGACUGGUUUGGACUGUAGUUGAACCAAAAGUUCAGACACUGAACCUGAAAAUCACCAAACUUCUUCCUGGUAAUGAGUACAUCUUCAGAGUGGUUCCAGUCAACAAAUAUGGAGUUGGUGAGCCUCUGGAAUCUGAGCCGAUGAUUGCCAGAAACCCAUUUGUCACUCCCAACCCACCAACAGAGGUAGAAAUCAGCACAAUCACCAAAGACUCCAUGGUGGUGACCUGGGAAAGACCAACUCAUGAUGGUGGCAGUCCCAUCCAGGGAUACAUUGUUGAGAAACGUGACAAGGAUGGUGUGAGAUGGACCAGGUGCAACAAGCGCACAGUGAGUGAGCUGCGCUUCAGAGUAACAGGGCUCCUAGAAAACCAUAGCUAUGAAUUCAGAGUUGCUGCUGAGAAUGCUGCAGGUGUUGGCACUCCUAGCGCUCCAACACUGUACUACAAAGCAUUGGAUCCUAUCUUCAAACCAGGCCCACCAAACAACCCCAAGGUGGUCGACACAUCCAGGUCAACUGUUUCCCUGACUUGGGGCAAACCCAUUUAUGAUGGUGGCUGUGAGAUUCAGGCUUACAUUGUGGAGGCCUGCAAUGGUGCAUCUGAUGAGUGGUUCAUGUGCACCCCUCCCACUGGAAUCACAGAUACUAAGUUUACAGUGAAAAAGCUUCUGGAGAAGCACGAGUACCAGUUCAGAGUGUGUGGUAUCAACAAAGUUGGUGUUGGUGAGCAUGCUGAUGUUCCAGGAAAGAUUCUCCUGGAGGAGAAGCUUGAGGCUCCUGAUCUUGACCUUGACGCUGAUAUGAGAAAGAUGAUCAACAUCAGGGCAGCGAGCACCCUCAGGCUGUUUGUUCCUGUGAGGGGUCGUCCAGCUCCUGAGGUGAAAUGGGGUAAAGCUGAGGGUGAGAUUAAGGAGACUGCCCAGAUAGACAACACAGGCAGUUAUGCAUCACUUGUCAUUGAGAACGUUGACAGAUUCGACAGUGGCAAAUACACCCUGGCUGCAGAGAAUGCCAGUGGAGUAAAGUCAGUCUUCAUCAGUGUCAGGGUCCUGGACUCACCUAGUCCACCCACUAACUUUAUGGUGAAAGAGAUUACCAAAGAUUCUGUCACUCUCACAUGGGAACCUCCACUUCUGGAUGGUGGCUCAAAGAUUAAGCAUUAUAUUGUUGAGAAGCGUGAGAGCACCAGGAAAGUUUACUCUCCCAUCACCACCUGCAAUAGGAUGUCAUGGAAAGUUGAGCAUCUUCCAGAGGGUGGAAUCUUCUUCUUCAGAGUCUUGGCUGAGAAUGAGUAUGGUGUAGGUCUCCCUGCUAAAACUAUGGAACCAAUCAAGAUAUCUGAAAAGCCUCAGCCACCUGGUAAAGUCAGUGUUGUUGAUGUCACUCAUAGCACUGUAACUCUCAGGUGGGAGAAGCCUGAAUAUGAUGGCGGCAGUAGGAUCAGUCAUUAUGAAGUCGAACUGGCACCUAAAGACAGUGAGUCUUGGUCUGUGUGUGCUAGUGUGAAAGCACUGGAGACUGUAGUGACAAACCUACUAAAGGGCGAGGAGUAUCAGUUCAGAGUUGUAGCUGUAAAUGACAAGGGCAAAAGUGACCCCAGACAGCUCGUUCACUCAGUUGUAGCAAAGGACCUUGUGAUUGAGCCUGCUGUUAGACCCAAAGUGAGCACCUACAGUGUCCAGGUGGGGCAUGACCUCAAGGUAGAGGUCCCAGUUGCUGGUCAUCCAAAGCCAACCAUCAGCUGGACCAAGGAUGGUUCUGCACUUAAACAGACCACAAGAGUAAAUGUCACUGACUCAGCACAUCACACUACCCUCACCAUAAAGGAUGCCACCAGAGAGGAUGGGGGCAUGUACGGCAUCAAUAUCUCCAACGCCCUGGGAUCCAAGGAUGCCACUAUUGAGGUGAUCACCCUUGACAAACCAGGCCCACCAACGGGCCCUGUCAAGUUGGAGGACAUAAGUGCUGAAAGUAUCACUCUUAGCUGGGAACCUCCUACAUACACAGGUGGCUGCCCAAUCUCCAACUAUGUGGUGGAGAAGAGAGACACCACCACAACCAACUGGGUGGUUGUAUCUGCCACUGUUGCCAGAACCACGCUAAAAGUGAGCAAUCUGAAGACAGGCGCUGAAUACCACUUCAGAAUCUAUGCUGAGAAUAGAUAUGGAAAGAGUUAUGCAAUUGAUUCAGAGCCUGUUGUGGCACAGUAUCCAUUCCAGGAGCCUGGCCCACCAGGAACCCCAUUUGUGUCUUCAUACACUAAAGACUUUAUGGUGGUUGAGUGGCACAAACCCCCAUCUGAUGGAGGUAGUGCUAUCUUGGGCUACCAUCUGGAGAGGAAAGAGAAGAACAGUAUCCUCUGGACGAAGAUCAACAAAAUGCUCAUCCAAGACUGCAGGUUUAAAUCUACUCCUCUUGAGGAAGGCAUUGAGUAUGAGUAUAGAGUCUAUGCUGAGAAUAUUGUUGGCAUUGGAAAGUGCAGUAAAGUUUCUGAGGUUUAUGUAGCCCGUGACCCAUGUGAUCCUCCUGGCCGUCCCGAGGCUGUGAUUGUGACCAGGCACUCAGUGAAGCUGAGGUGGACCGCUCCAGAGUACGAUGGUGGAAGCUUAGUUACUGGCUACGUGGUGGAGAAACGUGACCUUCCUGAAGGAAAGUGGAUGAAGGCUAGCUUUACAAACAUAAUUGAACAUGAAUUCUCAGUUACUGGCCUGACAGAAGAUAACAAAUAUGACUUCAGAGUAGUAGCAAGGAAUGCAGCUGGUGCUGUCAGCAAGCCAUCUGAGAGCACAGGAUCCAUCACAGCCAAGGAUGAAGUUGACCCACCAAAGUGUGAGACAGAUCCUAUGUAUAACCAGACCCUUGUUAUUAAUGCUGGAGAGGGUUUCAGUCUGGAGGCCAGUGUGGAAGGAAAGCCCAUCCCCACAGCUCAGUGGUUCAAGGGAGAUGUUGAAGUUGAAAACUCAGCAAGGGCCGAGAUCAAAAACACAGAUUUCAAGGCUUUGCUAGUUGUAAAGGAUGCCAUCAGAGUGGAUGGUGGACAGUACACUCUGGUUCUGACUAAUGUGGCUGGAACUAAGACUAUCCCAUUCAGUGUGAAGGUACUGGACAGACCAGGCCCCUCAGAGGGACCUCUUACUGUCAGUAAUGUAACUGAGGAGAAGUGCUCACUGUCAUGGCUGCCACCCAGACAUGAUGGAGGAGCUAGCAUUUCUCACUACAUCAUUCAGAAGCGAGAAACCAGCCGCCUGGCAUGGACUGUGGUUUCCAGUGACUGUGGAGCUACCAUGUUCAAGGUUACCAAGUUGCUGAAGGGCAAUGAGUACAUCUUCAGAGUCAUGGCCGUCAACAAAUAUGGUGUGGGUGAGCCUCUUGAGUCAGCGCCAGUGAUCAUGAGAAAUCCAUUUGUUCCUCCCGGUUCCCCUCAGGAGCUUGAGAUCACUAACAUCACUAGGGACUCCAUGACUGUCUGCUGGAACCGCCCUGAGACCACAGGAGGCAGUGAAAUUGUAGGUUACAUUGUUGAGAAGAGAGAUAAAGCUGGAGUGAGAUGGACCAAGUGCAACAAACGCAGGGUGACAGACUUGCGUUUCAGAGUAACAGGACUGACCGAGGACCAUGAAUAUGAAUUCAGGUUAUCUGCUGAGAAUGCAGCUGGAGUGGGUCAGCCAAGCCCACCUACACCCUACCUCAAAGCCUGUGACCCCACCUUUGAACCAGGCUGCCCCACCAAUGCCCAUGUGGUCGACACAACUAAAGACUCCAUCAGCCUGGCUUGGCAUAGGCCUAUCUAUGAUGGUGGCUGUGAGAUUCAAGGAUAUUCUGUGGAAAUUACCAAGGCUGAUGAGGAGGAGUGGACCAUUUGCACCCCACCCUCUGGAGUCAACGCGACCAAGUUUACCAUCACCAAAUUGACAGAGCACCAGGAAUACAAAGUGCGCAUCUGUGCCAUCAAUAAGCUGGGUGUAGGUGAGCCCACAGAAGUCCAGGGAGUCGUGAAACCAGAGGAUAAGAUUGAGCCUCCAGAAGUGAUUCUGGAUUCAGAGCUUAGGAAAGGAAUAGUUGUCCGUGCAGGUGGCUCAAUGAGAAUCUGCAUACCAUUUAAGGGUCGUCCUACUCCCGAGAUUUGCUGGGCCAAGGAAGAUGGAGCACUGCCCAGUAAAGUUCAGAUUGAGACUGGGGAAGAUUACACACAGCUUUCCACUGACAUCUGUGACAGAUAUGAUGCUGGAAAAUACAUAUUGAACUUGGAAAAUAGUGCUGGCACCAAAUCAGCCUUUGUCUCUGUUAAAGUUCUGGACACUCCGGGGGCCCCUCUGAAUUUAACCGUAAAAGACAUUAAGAGACAAAGUGUUACUCUGACCUGGGAGCCACCUCUCAUUGAUGGCGGUGCAAGAAUCAAGAAUUACCUGGUUGAAAAGCGGGAGUCCACCAGGAAGGUUUAUUCUAACGUGGAUAACAAAUGCACAAAGACAAGUUACCGUAUCACUGGCCUCACUGAAGGAACUAUCUACUAUUUUAGAGUCUUAGCUGAGAAUGAGUUUGGUGUGGGACAGCCUGCUGAGACAGAAGAUGCAGUUAAGACAUCUGAGCCUCCUCUGUCUGUGGGUAAGGUCACUUUGACUGAUGUGACCAAAACCUCUGCCUCGCUCUCCUGGGAGAAGCCAGACCAUGAUGGAGGCAGCAGGAUCAUGGGAUACUACAUUGAGAUGCAGCCUGUGGGCUCAGAAGAAUGGGUGGUGGCUGCUACAACCAAAACAUGUGAGGGCACUGUCACAGGUCUUAGUGCAGGACAUGAAUACCUGUUUAGGGUGACAGCUUUUAAUGAGAAGGGCAAGAGUGACCCCAGGCCUCUGGCUGCAUCAGUCACUGCUAAAGAUGUAACGAUUGAGCCCAGAUUCAAGAUGGCAUUCAACACUUACAGUAUACAGCAUGGUGAGGAUCUGAAGGUUGAGAUUCCAGUGAUAGGACGCCCUGUUCCCAAGGUUGAAUGGAAAAAGGAUGGACAAGCUCUAAAGGAGACAACCAGACUAAAUGUAUCUAGCACUCCAUCAUCUACUAAGCUGUGCAUCAAGGAUGCAAAUAAGGAAGACUCUGGUAAAUACACUGUCAUGGCCACCAGCAGUGUUGGAACAGCUACAGAGGAGAUUACUGUAAUUAUUCUUGAUAAGCCUGGCCCACCUACAGGCCCCGUGAAAAUUGAGGAGGUGAGCUCUAAUUAUGUCACUCUCUCCUGGGAGCCACCAGGUUACACUGGCGGCUGCCAGAUCAACAACUACAUUGUGGAGAAGAGAGACACCACCACAACAGCAUGGCAGAUUGUGUCUGCUACUAUUGCAAGGACAACAAUCAAAGUCACCAACUUGAAGACUGGAGUUGAGUAUCAAUUCAGAGUGUCUGCUGAGAAUAGAUAUGGAAAGAGUUCUGCCAUUGUCUCUCCCACUGUUGUUGCUCAGUAUCCAUUCAGUGAGCCUGCUGCCCCAGGAACACCAAUUAUUUCUGCUGCAACCAAAGAUAACAUGGUUGUUGAGUGGAAACCUCCUACCAACAAUGGAGGCAGCCCCAUCCUUGGCUAUCACCUCGAAAGAAAGGAGAAGAAUAGCCUCUUGUGGACUAAACUCAACAAGCUUCUAAUCCCAGACACACGUUUCAAGACUACAGAGCUAGAAGAAGGCAUUGAGUAUGAAUUCCGAGUUUAUGCUGAGAACAUUGCUGGAAUCAGCCCAGCUAGCAAGAUUUCUGAGAGCACAGUUGCCAGGGAUCCCUGUGACCCACCAGGCACUCCUGAGGCUAUUGAAAUCACCAGAAACCAUGUGACACUCCAGUGGACCAGGCCUCAGUAUGAUGGAGGCAGUGCAAUCACUGGCUAUGUUAUUGAGAGAAGGAAACACCCAGAUACCCGCUGGAUGAAGGCCAGCUUCACCAACAUCAUUGAUACCCAGUUCACACUCAGUGGCCUGACUGAGGACUGCGUUUACGAGUUUAGAGUCAUUGCCAGGAAUGCUGCUGGUAUUUCCAGCCAUCCUUCUCAAAGCACAGGAGAAAUCACUGCCAAAGAUGAAAUUGAGGCACCAGGAGCCACCAUGGAUUCUAAAUUCAAGGAUCUGACUGUUGUUCAUGCUGGUGAAACAUUCGUUAUUGAUGCUGACUACACUGGUAAGCCUCUGCCUGAGGUCAUUUGGUUAAAGGAUGGAAAGGGUAUUGAUAAAACCACUCCAAGAAUGGAGGUCAAGACCACACUCACACGUACCAUCCUGACAGUCAAGGAUUGCAUUAGAGUUGAUGGUGGUCACUUUGUUCUCAAACUUGUCAAUGUGGGAGGAGUUAAGAUGAUCCCAGUUAAUGUUAAAGUUCUGGAUAGACCUGGCCCUCCAGAUGGCCCGUUAGAGGUCAAAGGGGUCACAGCUGAGAAAUGUUAUCUUCACUGGAACCAUCCCUCACAUGAUGGCGGAGCCAGCAUCUCUCACUACAUCAUUGAGAAGCGAGAGACCAGCCGUUUGUCAUGGACCAUGGUUGAACCUAAGAUCCAGGCCAUCAGCUACAAAAUCACAAAACUGCUGCCUGGCAAUGAAUACAUCUUCAGGGUCACUGCUGUGAAUAAAUAUGGUGUUGGUGAACCUUUGGAAUCUGACCCUGUUAUUGCUCGUAACCCAUUCACCACUCCCAGUGCCCCCUCCACCCCAGAAGCCAGUGCUAUCACUAGGGACUCCAUGGUGCUUACCUGGGAGAGGCCGGAACAUAAUGGAGGGGCUGAGAUUGAAGGGUAUAUUCUUGAAAAGCGUGAUAAGGAUGGCAUUAGAUGGACUAAGUGCAACAAGAAGAGGCUGAAUGACCUGAGAUUCAGAUGCACUGGCCUCACAGAGGGACACUCCUAUGAGUUCAGGGUCUCAGCUGAAAAUGCUGCUGGAGUGGGAAAACCAAGUGCACCAUCUGAAUACAUCAAGGCUUGUGAUGCCACUUACCCACCAGGACCUCCAAAUAACCCCAAAGUCACAGACCAUUCAAGCACCACUGUCUCCUUGUCCUGGUCCAGGCCUAUCUAUGAUGGUGGAGCACAGAUCACUGGUUACAUCGUUGAAGUGAAGGAGACAGCAGAUGAUGAGUGGAUCAUUUGCACACCACCCACGGGUGUCCAGGCUACUCACUACACUAUUAAGAAAUUAAAGGAGAAUGCAGAGUAUAACUUCCGCAUCAGUGCUGUCAACUGUGAGGGAGUGGGAGAGCAUGUGGACCUACCAGGGUCUGUGAUUGCUGCAGAGAAGCUGGAAGCUCCUGAAAUUGAACUAGAUGCCGACUUAAGGAAGAUGGUCAAUAUUCGUGCCACUGCCACCCUCCGUCUGUUUGUGACAAUCAGGGGAAAACCUGAGCCUGAGGUCAGAUGGUCAAAGGCCGAUGGCACUCUGAAUGAGCGAGCCCAGAUUGAGGUCACAAGCUCUUACACAAUGCUGGUGAUUGAGAAUGUUGACAGAUUUGACACUGGCAAAUAUGUACUGACCCUUGAGAAUUUCAGUGGCUCUAAAUCAGCCUUCAUCAAUGUUAGAGUUCUGGACUCCCCUAGUGCUCCUACCAACCUGCUGGUUAAGGAUGUGAAGAGAAAUUCUGUCUCUCUCUCCUGGGAGCCUCCACUAAUUGAUGGUGGGGCUAAGAUAUCACACUACAUUGUGGAGAAGAGAGAGCAGAAGAGAAUGGCUUUUACCAGUGUUUGCACCAAUUGUGUGAGGAACUCGUACAUUAUAUCUGACCUGCAAGAGGGAGGCCGAUACUAUUUCCGUGUCUUGGCUGUGAAUGAGCUUGGAGUAGGUCUGCCUGCCUCCACAGAUCAAGUCAAGGUGUCCGAGGCUCCUUUGCCUCCCGGUAAGAUUGUCCUGGUUGAUGUGACUCGUCAUAGUGUCACCCUUUCUUGGGAGAAACCUGAUCAUGAUGGAGGCAGCAAGAUUACAAACUAUAUUGUGGAGAUGCAACCCAAGGGGGAUGAUAAAUGGACUGUGUGCAGUGAAGUCAAAGCACUGGAAGCUACUAUUGAUGGACUUACAACUGGAGAGGAAUACUCCUUCAGGGUGAUUGCUGUGAAUGAUAAGGGCAAGAGUGAUGCCAAACCUCUGGCAGCCGCUGUGGUGGUGAAGGACAUCGCAGUAGAGCCGACCGUCAACCUCUUGUUCAACACAUACAGUGUAAAAGCUGGAGAUGACUUGAAGAUUGAUGUUCCCUUCAAAGGCAGACCUCAACCAGAGGUGUCCUGGAAGAAGGAUGGCCAGGUGCUUAAGCAGACAACCAGGGUAAAUGUUCUUACCUCCAAGACCUCAUCCAAGAUUUUCAUCAAGGAUGCAACCAAGGAAGAUGUAGGAAAGUAUGAGAUUACUUUGACUAACUCAGUUGGCACCAAGACAGCUGAGAUCUCUGUUAUAAUCCUGGACAAACCUGGGCCCCCCAGUAACAUUAAGGUGGACGAGGUGAGUGCUGACUUCAUCUGUCUGUCUUGGGAUCCUCCAAGCUAUGAUGGUGGAUGCCAGAUUAACAACUAUGUGGUGGAGAAGAGAGACACUACCACAACCACAUGGCAGAUUGUCUCAGCCACAGUAGCCAGGACAUCAAUUAAAGUGUCUCGCCUCACUCAGGGAACAGAGUACCAGUUCCGUAUUGCAGCUGAGAACCGUUAUGGCAAGAGUACUGCUAUUGACUCUGCUCCCAUUGUUGCUCAGUAUCCGUUUGAGCCUCCUGGUCCCCCAACCAACCUCCACGUUGCCCAUGCCACCAAGACUGGAAUGCUCGUGGUAUGGGGCAGACCUGCCAGUGAUGGGGGAAGCUCUGUUAUUGGAUAUCACAUUGAAUGUAAAGACCAAAGCAGCAUUCUGUGGACCAAGGUCAACAGAGGACUGCUAGCCGAGAGCCAGUUUAAGAUGACAGGCAUUGAAGAAGGCCUGCUGUAUCAGUUCAGAGUCUAUGCUGAGAAUAUUGCUGGCAUUGGUCCAUGCUCUAAGCCCAGUGACCCUGUGGCAGCCAGAGAUCCAUGUGAACCUCCACAUAACCUUAGAGUCACCAACAUUACAAGGAACUCAGUUUCUCUCUUGUGGGAGAAGCCAGAGUAUGAUGGUGGAGUAAAGAUCACUGGCUACAUUGUUGAGCGUAAAGAACUUCCCAAUGGACGCUGGCUGAAAUGCAAUUUCACAAAUCUUCAAGAUACUUACUUCGAUGUCACAGGCCUCACCGAAGAUGUCCAAUAUGACUUCCAUGUCAUUGCUAGGAAUUCUGCAGAGCUGUUGAGUGCUCCUUCAGAGAGCACCGGUCCUGUUACAGUCAAGGACGAUGUAGACCCUCCUACUAUUAUCCUGGAAGACAAGUUCAGACAGCUGGUUGUCAUCAAAGCCGGGGAUAUCAUUAGAAUUGAUGCUGAGAUCACAGGCCGUCCACUCCCAGUUGUCACAUGGUCUAAGGAUGGAAAGGAGAUUGAGGCCAAGGCUAGGUGUGAAAUCACCUCCACCAACUUUACAACCACCCUGAUUGUCAGAGACACCAUUAGGAGGGACUCUGGCCAGUAUGUCCUGACCCUGCACAAUGUAGCAGGAACCAGGUCUGUGGCUAUCAACUGUAAGGUUCUGGACAGACCUGGACCUGCCGCAGGACCUUUGGCAGUGUCUGGUCUCACAGCAGAGAAAUGCACCCUAACAUGGGGACCCCCUCACGAGAAUGGUGGUGCUGAAAUUAUGCACUACAUUGUGGAGAAACGUGAGACAAGUCGCCUUGCCUGGACUCUUGUCUACGGGGACAUGAAGGCAACCACCUGUAAGGUGACCAAGCUGCUUAAAGGAAAUGAGUACAUCUUCAGAGUUAGAGGAGUCAACAAAUAUGGGGAUGGCGAGGCCCUGGAGAGUGAGCCAGUAAAGGCCAUGGAUCCAUUUACUGUGCCUGCAGCUCCCACUAAUGUCCAGGUCACCUCAGUUACUAGUGAGGCAAUGACCAUCUGUUGGGAAAGACCUGUUUCUGAUGGUGGCAGCAGUAUCUCUGGCUAUGUUAUUGAAAAGCGAGAGAAGACUGGUCUUCGCUGGUGCCGUGUUAACAAAAAACCUGUUUAUGACCUUAGAGUCAAAGCCUCACACCUUCGUGAUGGCUGUGAGUACGAGUACAGAGUGUUUGCAGAGAAUGCUGCUGGCCUCAGUGCUCCUAGCAUCCCUUGCCCACUCACCAAGGCUGAAGACCCACAGUUCCUGCCUUCACCUCCUGCUAAGCCGAAGGUCAUUGAUUCUACAAAGACCACAGCUACCCUGUCAUGGAACAAGCCACUGUUCGAUGGUGGAGCACCUGUGACGGGUUACAGAGUAGAAUAUAGGAAGACUAUAGAUGAUGAAUGGAUUGUUGGAGUCCAGAACACCAAGAACACAGAGUUUACAGUGGUGGGGUUGACUCCUGGGGCUGAAUAUGUGUUUGUUGUCAAGUCCAUCAACAAGAUUGGUGUCAGUGAGCCCAGUCCUGAGUCAGACAAACAGGUUGCCAGAGAAAGAGAGGAGGAGCCAGUCUUUGACAUUAGCAACGAGAUGAGGAAGACUCUUAUUGUGAAGGAUGGCAGCUCUUUCACUAUGACAGUUCCCUUCAGAGGCAAACCCACUCCCAGUGUUACAUGGACUAAACCUGAUGUUGAUCUUAGAGUCCGUGCUGUCAUUGACACCACAGACACCUUCACCUCCAUCACCUUAGAGAAAGCAACUCGAAAUGACUCUGGGAAAUACACUGUCACCUUGUCCAGUGUAGCUGGAACCUCCUCCUUGACACUCAGUGUCAGAGUCCUGGACUCCCCUGGGCCUCCUGCCCGUGUCGAAGUCAAGGAAGUGACCAAGACCUCUGCUACUGUAACCUGGGACACUCCUGAGAAUGAAGGAGGAGGGCCAGUCAAAAACUACCUGGUCGAUAUCCGCGAGGCCAGCAAAAAAGGUUGGACCAGGCUGAUUGACACAUGCCACAGACUGACAUACAAAGUUACAGACCUACAGGAGGGAGGAGUUUACUACUUCAGAGUGACAGGCGAAAAUGAGUAUGGUGUUGGUGUUCCUGCUGAGACCAAUCAGGGAACCAAGAUCACAGAAAAACCAAGCCCCCCACCAAAGCUUGGUGUGACAGAUGUGACCAAGGAAAGUGUGUCCCUGGCCUGGGCCAAACCAGAACAAGACGGAGGCAGCAGAAUUACUGGCUACCUAGUGGAAGCUCUGGAGAAGGGCCAGGAGAAAUGGGUUAAGUGCGGUGUAACCAAGUCCACUCACUUCACAGUGUCUGGUCUGAGGGAGAAUGCUGAGUACUUCUUCAGGGUGAGAGCUGAGAACCACGCUGGAUUCAGUGAUGCUAAGGAAAUGGUCACCCCUGUAGUGGUCAAAGACCAGCUUGAAUCUCCUGAGGUCAACAUGAAGGAUUUCCCUCACAACACUGUGUAUGUUAGAGCUGGCUCCACCCUCAAGUGUGAGAUCCCACUGACAGGCCGGCCUUUGCCUAAAGUCACCCUGUCCAAGGAUAACAUACCUCUCAAGUCAACAAUGAGGUUCAAUUCUGAAGUCACCCCUGACAGCAUCAAGAUCGUUUUACGCGAGAGCAUUGCUGGCGACUCAGGACGCUAUGAUAUCACUGCCUCCAAUUCCAGUGGAACCACUAAGUCCUUUGUAAACAUUGUGGUUUUGGACCGACCUAGCGCACCAGUUGGACCCGUGGAGCUGUUUGAUGUCACAGAAGACAGUGUGAGCCUGAAGUGGCUCCCACCGGCAUAUGAUGGUGGCAGUCCCAUCACCAACUACGUCAUCCAGAAGAGAGAGACAACCACAGCUAACUGGAUGGACGUCUCUUCUGCUGUGGCCCGCUGCACCAUAAAGAUAAUGAAGCUCACCACCGGCCUGGAGUACCAGUUCAGAAUCAGGGCUGAGAACAGAUAUGGAAUCAGCGAGCACAUUGACUCACCAGCUGUCACCGUCAGCCUUCCUUACACUAUUCCUGAUGCUCCAUCAACUCCAGAGAUCACUUCUGUAACGAGGGAGAGCAUCGCUGUGGCCUGGAAGGAGCCCAAGUCAGAUGGUGGCAGCCAUGUGUUUGGCUACCAUCUCCAGAUGAAAGACAGGAACAGCAUCCUCUGGCAGAGAGUCAACAAAAUGGUGAUCCGUGCUACACACUUCAAGGUCACCAACAUCAAUGCUGGACUCAUUUACGAGUUUAAGGUUGCAGCAGAGAACGCUGCUGGAAUCAGUGCCUUCAGCAAGGUUUCUGAUGCAGUGCUGGCUAUUGAUGCCUGUGAGCCACCCAUCAACUUGCGCAUCAGUGACAUCACCAAGAACGCCGUUAGCCUGGCCUGGCAGAAACCCAACUACAAUGGCGGAUCCCCGAUCACUGGCUACAUCAUUGAGAAGAAAGAGGGAGCGAGUGUCAAGUGGUCCAAGGCUAACCUCACCAAUGUCACAGACACCCGCUUCACUGUGACUGGCUUAACCCAGGAUGAGACAUACGAGUUCAGAGUCAUGGCCAGGAAUGCAGUUGGCUCAGUGAGCAACCCAUCCAUAACUGCUGGACCAGCCACAUGUGUGGACACCUACGGUGCCCCAGAGAUUGAAAUACCACAGGAGUACCUCAGUGAGGUCAAACACAAGGCUGACUCUAAUGUGGAGCUCAAGUUUAAUAUCACAGCCAAACCUGCUCCCACUAUUGAGUGGUUUAAGGAUGGCCGAGAGCUUGAGCCCACUGCCCAGCUCUCUUUCAAACACACAUUUGAAUACACUAGUUUGUUCCUGAAGGAAACCACUCGUUUGAAUUCUGGUACCUAUGAAGUUAAGGUGAAGAACUCCCUGGGAUCAGCAUGCGCCAUUGUCAGGCUGCUCAUUCAAGACAAGCCAGGCCCCCCUGCUGGAGAGAUCCAGUUUAAGAAGGUGACUGCUGAUAACAUAACCAUCAUGUGGUCCCCGCCUGCUGACGAGGGCGGUGCCAUGGUAACUCAUUACAUCGUGGAGAAGAGGGAGACCAGCAGGGUCAUGUGGUCCAUUGUCUCAGAGAAACUGGUUGACUGCAUCGUCAACGUGCCCAGACUCAUCCAGGGCAAUGAGUACAUCUUCAGAGUCCGUGGAGUAAAUAAGUACGGCAUUGGAGACCCGCUGGAGUCUCAGCCUGUAAUCGCAAAGAACGCAUUUGUUCCUCCAAGCGAGCCAUCCAAGCCUAAAGUGACAAUGAUCACUAAGUCCACCAUGACAGUGAUCUGGGAAAGGCCAGCAUUGGAUGGAGGCAGUGACAUUGACGGAUACUACUUGGAGAAGAGGGAAAAGAGGAGUCUGCAGUGGUUCAAGGUGGUGAAGGGCACCAUCAGAGACACCAGGCAGAAAGUCACCAAUCUGGUGGAGAACAAUGAGUACCAGUACAAAGUGUGUGCUGUCAACAAGGCUGGGGCAGGAAACUACUCUGAGCCUUCUGACCUCUACAAGGCCUAUGACCCCAUCGAUCUGCCCGGUGAGCCCUCCAAGCUGCGUGUGGUCGACUCCACAAAGACUUCCAUCACCCUCGGCUGGGAGAAGCCCGUCUAUGAUGGGGGCAGUGAAAUCACACACUACAUUUUGGAUCAGAUGAACACGGAGGACAAAGAAUGGGUGACCAUCAACCCACAGGUCAAGACCUGCGAGUAUGUGGUGUCCCACCUCAAACCUGGAACCUACUACUUUUUCAGAGUCUCUGCUGUGAACUGCAAGGGCAAAGGAGAGGACAUCAAGAUGUACCAGCCUGUGCAAGCCAAAGACAUCUUGGAGGAGGCAGAUUUGGACUUGGAUGUUCCCAUGACGACCCAGUAUACAGCCAGGGCUGGCCGUGACGUGGAAGUGUUUAUCCCCUUGAAGGGACGUCCCGUCCCCAAUGUCACCUGGCGCCGCGGAGACCGCAACAUGGCUGGUGACAACCGUUACACCAUCACCAGCACUGAGAGAGCCACCACACUCCUCAUACCCAAGGUCACCCGCGAUGACUGCGGCAAGUACCUGCUGGAGAUUGAGAACGGCGUUGGAGAACCUAAGAUAAUUACUGUUUCCCUUAAGGUUCUGGACAGUCCGUCUACCUGCCAGAAACUGAUGAUCAAGAACGUGACAAGAGGAAAGCUGACCCUUAGCUGGGAGGCUCCUCUCAUUGACGGCGGUUCCCCUGUCACUAAUUACAUUGUCGAGAAGAAGGCUUCCACCAUGAAGGCUUACCAGGUGAUCACCGCUGAGUGUGCCAACACAACUUACAAGGUGUCAGGCCUGGAGGAGGAUGUAGCUUACUUCUUCCGUGUAUCUGCUGAAAAUGAGUAUGGUGUGGGUGACACAUGCGAGACCACUGAGCCUGUCAGAGCCACAGAAACUCCAGGAGCGGUUAAAGACCUGGUGAUGGCGGACUCCACAAAGAGCUCUGUUACCCUGCAGUGGACCAGACCUGACCAUGAUGGUGGAAGCCACAUCACUGAAUACAUCAUUGAGAAGAGAACCAAGGAAGAUCCCACCUGGACUUUGGGUGCUACAUGCAAGCGUUGCAGCUGUGAGGUCACGGGACUUAAGGAGAAUGCUGUCAUGGACUUCAAAGUGUUUGCCAAGAAUGAGAAGGGCAAGAGUGACUUCUCCCAGAUUGGUCCGAUCACAGUGAUGGACUUCAUCAUUCCACCUGAGGCCAUCCUCAUUGACUAUCCCAACGGUGAGCUUGCUGUUCGCAUUGGCCAGAACAUCCACAUUGAACUGCCUUUCAAGGGUAAACCAAGACCUGCUAUCAGCUGGCUGAAGGAUAACUUGCCUCUGAAGGAAAGCGAGAAGAUUCGCUUCAGGACCACUGACAACAAGACUGCAGUCACAGUCAGAGGAGCCAAGAAGGAGCAUGCCGGCCAGUAUACCUUGGUUCUGGACAAUAGAGUUGUCAAGAACUACUUUGACAUUAAUGUGAUCACUCUGGGACCCCCUUCAGUGCCUGUUGGUCCCAUCCGCUUUGAUGAGAUUAAAGCUCAGAGUAUCAUCAUCUCUUGGGAUGAGCCAAAGGAGGAUGGAGGUGGCGAGAUCACCUGCUACAGUGUGGAGAAACGUGAGACAUCCCAGGCCAACUGGAAGAUGGUCUGCUCCAGCGUUGUCAGGACCACCUUCAAGAUUCCCAACCUGGUCAAGGGAACUGAGUACCAGUUCAGGGUCCGUGCAGAGAACAAGUAUGGAGUCAGUGAACCACUCAACUCCUCAGACAUUAUUGCCCAACACCAGUACAAACCUCCAGGCCCCCCAGGAAAGCCAGUGGCCUACAACAUCACCAGUGAUGGUAUGACCAUCAAGUGGGAAGCCCCAGGUUUUGAUGGAGGAUCCCCUAUUUUGGGCUAUCAUGUUGAGAAGAAGGACAGGAACAGCCUUAUGUGGCAGAAAGUGAACUCCACCAUCAUCUCCAACAGAGAGUACAGAAUCAUUGGUCUCAUGGAGGGACUGGAGUACUCCUUCAGAGUCUACGCUGAGAACAAUGCUGGAUUCAGCCCUGUUAGUGAACAAAGCAAACAUGCGCUCGCUAUCUCCCCUGUUGAUCCACCUGGCACUCCUGUCUGCAUCGAUGUAACGAGAGACUCAGUCACCCUGCAGUGGGACAUACCCAAGAGGGAUGGUGGCAGCAAAAUCGUGGCCUACAGUGUGGAGAGGCGCCAUGGUAGAGGCAAAUGGCUGCGUUGCAACUUUACUGAUAUAAGUGAAACUCAGUUCACUGUGACUGGUCUGUCUCCUGGAGACAGAUUUGAGUUCAGAGUGAUUGCUAGGAAUGCCGUGGGUACAGUCAGUCCACCAUCUAACUCCUCUGGAUACAUCAUGACCAAGGAUGAGAGCAUUGCUCCUGAGAUCGAGUGGUCUCCAGACCAGGUGCUCACCUUAAAAGCAGGAGAGAACGUUAAGCUCAGCUGCAGUAUCACUGGACGUCCCGUCCCCCAGGUUGUGUGGUAUAAGGAUGGCAAAGAGAUCGACAAAAGAACCAUGAUUGACAUUGAGAUUACCACUGGCAUUGGCACCAGCAGUCUGUUUAUUCGUGAUGCUGACAGGAACCACCGCGGAAUCUACACCGUGGAGGCUAAGAACAGCUCCGGUGCCAGGAAAGCUGAUGUAAACGUCAGAGUACAAGAUACCCCUGGACCCGUCGAGGGUCCUAUCCGUUUCACUGGCAUCACGGCCGAGAAGUGCACUGUGUGGUGGAACCCGCCGGAGAACGAUGGCUGUGCUGCCAUCACCCACUAUGUGGUGGAGAAGAGGGAGACAUCCAGGAUCUCCUGGGCCUUGGUCACCUCCAAGUGUGAAGCCUGUUCUUACAAUGCUACCAAUCUCAUCAAGGGCAAUGAGUAUCAGUUCAGAAUCUCUGCUGUCAACAAGUUUGGUGUUGGCAAACCACUGGACUCCGAUCCCAUCAUCGCACAGAUGCAGUACACUGUGCCUGAUGCCCCUGGCACCCCAGAUGCUACCCAUGUGACUGGAGACAGCAUCACACUGUGCUGGACUAGGCCAAGGUCAGACGGAGGCAACGAGAUCAAACACUACAUCCUGGAGAGAAGAGAGAAGAAGAGCCUGCGCUGGGUGAAAGUUUCCUCCAAGAGGCCCAUCACAGAGCUAAGGCACCGUGUCACCAACCUCACCGAGGGCAACGAGUACGAGUUCCGUGUCAUGGCUGAAAAUGGUGCUGGUGUCGGACCAGCCAGCAGUACCUCCAGGCUCUUCAAAUGCAGAGAGCCAACCAGUGCUCCUAGUGCCCCCACGGUGAUCAAGGUCAUUGACUCAACUAAGUCCUCUGUCACCCUGGAAUGGACCAAGCCGGUCUUCGACGGUGGCAUAGAAAUCAUCGGCUACAAUAUUGACAUGUGCAAGGCCAGUCUGGAGGAGUGGCACAGAGUCAACAAUCAGAUUUGCAUCCACACCAGGUACACUGCCAAGGGCCUGGUGCCUGGAGAGCUCUACAAGUUCAGGGUCAGUGCUGUAAAUGGAUCAGGAGAAGGCGAAGCCUCUGUGAUGCCCAAUCCUGUACAGGCUUUGGACAGGCUUACAUCUCCCGAGAUUGACAUUGAUGCCAACUUCAAGCAAACUCACAUUGUAAAGAAUGGUGGAACGGUCACCCUCCAUAUUGCCUUCCGCGGCAAACCAGCUCCUCUUGCCACCUGGUCUAAGGCAGACGGUGAGCUUCCUAUCAUGGCAGAUGUCAACACCACAGAUUCAUUCUCUACUCUGACCAUUGAGGGGUGCACAAGGUAUGAGGCUGGCAAAUAUACCCUUUCUCUGGAGAACAACAGUGGGCGCAAGUCCAUCACAUUUACUGUGAAAGUGCUGGACACACCAGGACCUCCCGGUGUCAUCACCUUUAAAGAUGUUACCCGUGGAGCCUUGACAAUGAUGUGGGAUGCCCCCACCAAUGACGGCGGAUCCAGAAUCCACCACUACAUCGUGGAUAAGCGCGAGGCUAGCCGCCUGGCCUGGCAGGAGGUCAGCACCAAGUGUUCUCGCCAGAUGAUUAGGGUAACUGGUCUAGAUAUUGGCGUGCCAUAUCUGUUCAGGGUGAUUGCCGUUAACCAGUAUGGCCAGGGAGAAGCUCACGAGAUGACAGAGCCUAUAAUUGCCACAGAAGAACCUGCACCACCCAAGAGACUGGAUGUUGUUGACACCACAAACUCCACAGCCUCGCUGAUGUGGCUGAAGCCUGAGCAUGAUGGAGGCAGCCGUAUUAGAGGCUACAUUGUUGAAUUCAGAGCUAAAGGCACUGAUCGCUGGGUUGUCUGUGGAGAGACAAAGUCCCAGAAGAUGCUGGUGGAGGGUCUGAUUGAGAACACAGAGUAUGACUUCAGAGUCAAGGCCAAGAAUGAUGCUGGAAUCAGCGAACCUCAGGGCACCUUUGGCUCUGUGGUCGUCAAGGAGCCGCGCAUUGAACCAACUGCUGACCUCAGCAGUAUCACCAACCAGCUCAUAACCUGCAAGACCUCCAGCACCUUCACAAUUGACAUCCCUAUCAGUGGCAGGCCUGCACCCAAGGUCACCUGGAAGCUAGAGGAGAUGAAGCUGAAGGAGACGGACAGAGUCUCUAUUAAGACCACAAAGGAGAGAACCACUCUAGUGGUGAAAGACAGCAAGAGAAGUGACAGCGGCAAAUACUACCUGACCCUGGAGAAUACCGCUGGUGUGAAGACAUUCACAGUGACAGUGGUUGUAGUUGGCAGACCGAGCGCACCCACAGGCCCUGUGGAAAUUUCUGGAGUUUCCUCAGAGUCCUGCACCCUGUCUUGGUCUGAGCCAGCUGACGAUGGCGGUACUGACAUCACCAACUACAUUGUGGAAAAACGAGAGUCUGGUUCUGCCUCCUGGCAAGUGGUAAACUCAAGUGUGAAGAGAACCACCAUCAAAGUGACUCAUCUUACCAAGUACAUGGAGUACACCUUCAGGGUGUGUGCUGAGAACAAGUUUGGAGUCAGCAAGUCCAUUGAGUCUGCUGCUGUUGUCAUUGAGCAUCCAUUUGUUCCUCCAAGUCCUCCAACUCGUCCAGAUGUGGUAUCUGUGUCUGCCACCGCCAUCAGCAUCAAAUGGGAUGUGCCAUAUGCAGAUGGCGGCAGCAAGGUGACAGGCUACUGGAUUGAGAAGAAAGAGAGGAACACAAUUCUGUGGGUGAGGGAAAACAAACUGCCCUGUCUGGAGUGCCACUACAAAGUAUCCAGCCUGAUCGAGGGCCUGGAGUACCAGUUCAGGGUGUAUGCCAUGAACAUUGCCGGACUCAGCAAGGCCAGUGAGGCUUCCAGACCUGUGGUGGCGCUCAAUCCUGUUGAUCCUCCUGGUAAACCUGAGGUGACAGACAUCAGCCGGUCCUCUGUUUCACUGUGCUGGACUGUGCCAUUUAAUGACGGCGGCAGCAAGAUCGUCGGUUACGUGGUGGAGAGGAAGGUCUACAGCACAGAUGAGUGGGACGACAGCCGCUGGCUCAAGUGCAACUACACCACCAUCACUGAGAACUACUUCACCGUAACUAACCUGGGAGAGGGAGAGACCUACGAGUACAGAGUUAUCGCCAAGAAUGCUGCUGGCGUCCACAGUGCACCCUCAGAGUCCACUGGACCGGUCACGUGCAAGGAUGAAUACUCUCCUCCCAAAGCUGAGCUUGACAGCAAGUUGGUGGGCGAGACAGUCACUGUCUCUGCUGGCUCCGACAUCGUCCUGGACGGCGCUGUAGGUGGUAAACCAGAGCCUACAGUGUACUGGGCGAAGGGUGACAAGAUCUUGGAGCUCGGAGAGAAAUACUCUCUGACCUACACUGCCACCAGAGCCAUGGCCAUCAUCAAGAACUGCGACAGACAUGACACAGGCAGAUACAUUCUGACCGUCAAGAACGCCAGCGGAAUCAAGACGGCUGCCGUCAGUGUCAAGGUUCUAGACACCCCUGGACCUCCGGCUGAUAAGAUCGUAAUCAGCAGAGUGACGGAAGAGAAGUGUACGGUGUCCUGGAAGAUUCCUCUGGAGGAUGGUGGAGACUCUGUCACCCAUUACAUCGUGGAGCGUCGCGAGACCAGCCGCCUGAACUGGGUCAUCAUGGAAACUGAGUGCAAGACUCUGUCAUGUGUCAGCACCAGGCUGAUCAAGAACAACGAGUACAUCUUCAGAGUGAGAGGAGUCAACAAGUUUGGACCUGGAGUUCCUCUGGAGUCCGAUCCCAUCAUUGCCAGGAACGCCUACACCACCCCAUCCCAGCCAGGCACACCAGAAGCUACAGCAGUGGGCAAGGAGCAUGUCAUCAUUGAGUGGCUGAAGCCAGAGAGUGAUGGAGGCAGCGAGAUCAAAAACUACAUAGUGGAUAAACGAGAGAAGAGCAGCACCAGGUGGACUCGUGUGAAUAAGACUUACACCAUCUAUGACACCCGUCUCAAGAUCACGGGCCUGUUGGAGGGAAGUGAGUACCAGUUCAGAGUGACUGCCAUCAAUGCUGCUGGAGACAGCCAGCCAAGCGAUGCCUCACCAUACAUCCUCUGCAAAGACCCCACAUACACACCAGCUCCUCCAUCGAUGCCUCGCAUCACCGACACAACCAAGCACAGCAUCAACAUGACCUGGACCAGGCCCAUGUACGACGGAGGCUCAGAUGUCAUGGGCUAUGUGGUAGAGAUUCUAGAGGAGGGCUCAGAGCAGUGGUACCGUGCCACUGCCAAGGCACUCAAGACCAAUGAGUAUGUGGCUGCGGGCCUGGCAGCCAAUAAGAAGUACAGAUUCAGGGUGGCUGCUAUCAACAACAACGGCACUGGGGAGUUCAGUGAACCUAGUGCUGAGGUUGAGCCGCUGGAGAGAGUUGAAAUGCCUGACCUCGAGUUGGCCGAUGACCUGAAGAAAACGAUGUGUCUGCGCGCCGGAGGAACCCUGCGUCUGUUCGUGUCGGUCUCUGGCCGGCCGACACCAGUGGUGGCCUGGAGGAAGACGGGCGUGGAGCUGCAGAGCCGCGGUUACAUUGAAACCACUGAUAGCUACACUUCACUCAUGGUGGAGAAAGUUGAUCGCUACGACUCGGGCAAAUACGUUGUAGAGGCAGAGAACCCAUCUGGCAAGAAGACUGCCACCAUCCUGGUUAAAGUCUAUGACACUCCUGGUCCUCCAGGUUCUGUGAAGGUGAAGGACUACACCAAGGAGUCCGUUGUGAUCACCUGGGAUGUUCCGAGCAUUGACGGUGGUGCUCACGUCAGCAACUACAUUGUAGAAAAGCGUGAAGCCAACAUGAAGUCAUACAAGACCAUCACCACUGAGUGUAGGAAGACCCUGUUCAGGAUCACUGGUCUGGAGGAGGGCAUGCACUACUUCUUCAGAGUGCUGCCAGAGAACAUCUAUGGCGUCGGUGAACCCUGUGAGACGGCCGAGGCUGUGCUGGUGUGCGAGGUGCCGUCAGUGCCUCUGAACCUCCAGAUCGUCGAUGUCACCAAGUCCUCUGUCACUCUGCACUGGGAGAAGCCACUGCAUGAUGGCGGCAGCAGGCUGACGGGUUACAUCAUAGAGACCUGCAAGGUGGGCUCGGACAGGUGGAGUACCGUGGCAACAGUCAAGGCUUCAGUGUCCCAGCACACCAUCCAGUCCCUGAUGGAGAACGAUCAGUACCUGUUCAGAAUCAGAGCCACCAACAGCAGGGGAGCCAGCGAGCCCAUGGACAUUGUCACUCCUGUCACAAUCCAGGAGAUCAAGGUGAUGCCCAAGAUUGACAUGACUAGCAUUCCUCAGAAGAUCGUCCACGUGCACCGCGGCAAACCCAUUGACCUCAACAUCCCAAUAAAAGCCAGACCACAACCUGUCUGCUCCUGGUUCUUUGGCGGCGUCAAGUUGAAGGACAGCCUGGACCGCAUCAAGAUCGACAGCAAUGGCAAAUACACCCGCCUUGUUAUCCGUGAGACCACAAUCAAUGACACAGGAGACUACACGCUGGAAGUCAAGAACACCAUCGGCAUGGCAACUGAGGUCAUCAAAGUCAUCAUCCUCGACAAACCUGGUAUCCCAGUGGGUCCAGUGAAGAUUGAGGAGGUUGACGGUGUGUCAGUGACAGUCAGCUGGGAACCACCAGAGAAGGAUGGUGGGGCCAACGUUAGCGGCUACGUGGUGGAGCAGCGCGAUGCCCACCGACCAGGCUGGACCACCAUCUCAGAGUCAGUGACCCGACCCUGUUUCAAGUUCACCAGACUCAGUGAAGGAACAGAGUACGUGUUCCGCGUUGCUGCCAUGAAUCGCUUCGGCGUAGGCAGCUUCCUGCAGUCUGAAGUGGUGGAGUGCAAGAGCGCCAAGACCAUUCCUGGACCUCCAAGUAGACCCGAGGUGCUUGAUGUCACCCAUGAGGGCAUGACCCUGACCUGGCAUCCACCUGAGGACAAUGGUGGCUCCACCAUUGCCGGCUACAUCAUCGAGCGUAAGGAGGCCCGUUCUGACAGAUGGAUGAGGAUCAACAAGAACCCCGUCACCAUGACCAGGUACCGGUCCUCCGGCCUGAUUGAGGGCCUGGAAUAUGAACACCGUAUCACUGCCAUCAACUCAAGAGGAGCUGGCAAACCCAGUGAGAGCUCUGCCAUCACAGUUGCAAUGGAUCCCAUUGAGCCCCCAGGUCCUCCGGUUCAGCCCAGAGUCACAGACACCACCAGGACUUCAGUCUCUUUGGCCUGGUUGCCUCCUGAAGAGGAGGGUGGUGCUGUGAUUACAGGUUACUUGAUUGAGAUGCAGAAGGUGGACCAGGUGGAAUGGACACUGUGCAACACCACACCCACCAAGAUGUGCGAGUACACCCUCACCCACAUGCCCCAAGGUGCAGAAUACAAGUUCAGAGUCAUCGCCUGCAACGCUGGUGGUUCUGGAGAGCCCGCUGAGAUUCCAGGAGUGGUUAAAGUCCAGGAGAUGCUUGAUUAUCCUGACUAUGAGCUUGAUCGUAAAUACGAGGAGGGCUACGUGGUGCGACAGGGUGGAGUUAUCCAUCUGUCUGUGCCCAUCAAGGGUAAACCCAUCCCAACAUGCAAGUGGACCAAGGACGGUCGUGACAUCUCCCACCGGGCCAUGAUCGCCACCCAUGACGACAUCACAGAGCUGGUCAUCAAAGAGGCACACAAAGACGACACUGGUACCUAUGACCUAGUGUUGGAGAACAAAUGUGGCAGAAAGGCUGUGUACAUCAAGGUGAAGGUGAUUGGUCGCCCUGAUGCCCCAGAAGGCCCUCUGGAGUUUGAUGACAUACAAGCAAGAUCAGUCCGGGUCAGCUGGAGGCCACCCUCAGAUGAUGGUGGCUCUGACAUCUUGGGAUACAUUGUGGAGAGGCGGGAGGUACCCAAGGCCGCCUGGUAUACAGUGGACGCCCGGGUAACGGAGAAUUCUCUGGUGGUGAAGGGCCUGAAGGAGAAUGUGGAGUAUCACUUCAGGGUUUUUGCUGAGAACCAGUUUGGCGUCAGCAGAUCUCUAAAAUCUGAUGCGUCUGUCACACCAAAAACACCACUUUGCCCACCAGAACCUCCCAGCAACCCUCCAGAGAUCAUGGACGUGACCAAGUCUACGGUGUCUCUGUCCUGGGCCCGGCCUCGGGAUGAUGGAGGCUCCCGUGUCACAGGAUACUAUGUGGAAAGGAGGGAGGUGUCGACAGAGAAGUGGGUCCGCCACAACAAGACCCACAUCACCACCACCAUGUACAAUGUCACCGGUCUCAUCCCAGAUGCAGAGUAUAUCUUCAGAGUGGUGGCUCAGAAUGACAUUGGGCAGAGUGAGCCUGGUCCUGCCUCUGAACCUGUGGUUUGCAAAGAUCCAUUUGACAAACCCAGCCAACCAGGAGAGAUCGACAUCAUCUCUGUCACCAAAGACUGCAUCACCAUCCACUGGCUUAGGCCUGAGCAUGACGGAGGCAAGGAGAUUCUUGGCUACUGGAUUGAGUUCAGGCAGGCUGGAGAGAGCGCAUGGAAGAAAUGCAACAAGGAGCGCUCCAAGGAUCGUCAGUUCACCAUGGGUGGCUUAAUGGAGGCCACGGAGUACGAGUUCAGAAUCUUUGCAGAGAAUGAGACUGGACUGAGCCGACCUCGUCGCACGCCCAUGGGCAUCAAGACCAAACUGAGUGUCGGUGAGGCUCCAGCUUUGAAGGAAGAGAUCCAAGACGUAACCACCAAACUUGGCGAGUCAGGCGCUCUCAUCUGCGGCAUUAUUGGCAGGCCUCUGCCUGAGAUCAAGUGGUACCGCUACGGCAAGGAACUGAUCCAGAGCCGCAAGUACAAAAUGAGCUCAGAUGGCCGUAACCACUCCCUCAGCAUACUGACAGACGAGCAGGAAGACGAAGGCCUGUAUACCUGCAGGGCCGUCAAUGAGGCGGGAGAGAUUGAGACCAGUGGAAAACUGCGCCUGCAGGCAGCGCCCCAGUUCCAUCCUGGCUUCCCUCUGAAGGAGAAGUACUUUGCCGGGGCCGGCACCAGCCUCCGACUGCAUGUCGUCUACAUUGGACGUCCCAUCCCCCAGAUCAUGUGGUUCUAUGGCAAGAAGCCUCUGAAUCCAUCAGAGAAUGUGAUCAUUGAAAACACGGAAAGCUACACCCACCUGGUGGUGAGAAAUGUCCAGAGAAAGACAAAUGCUGGCCGCUAUAAGGUGCAGCUCAGCAACGUGUUCGGAACCAUUGAUACUGUGCUACGUGUUGAAAUCCAAGAUAAGCCGUGCAUCCCUGAGGGUCCUAUGGUUGUUGAAGCCCUGCUGAAGAGCUCAGUUGUCAUCAGCUGGAAGGUUCCCAAAGAUGAUGGAGGCUCCAUGAUCACAAACUACAUCGUGGAGAAGCGUGAGGCCAAAGAAGGUGAACAGUGGCACCUGGUGUCCUCCUCCGUCUCUGGCACCACCUGCCGUGUACCCAACCUGACAGAGAACGCUGGCUACUACUUCAGAGUCUCUGCCCAGAACCAGUAUGGAGUCAGCGAGUCUCUAGAAAUCCCAUCAGUGGUCAUCAUCAAAAGUCCAUUUGAAAAACCUGGCAUCCCACAGCAGCCCUUCAUUAUGAGCUCCACCAAGGACUCCUGUGUCGUCUGCUGGAAGCCUCCAAGCAGCGACGGCGGAGCUAAAAUCACCAGCUACUACCUGGAGAAACGUGAGAAGAAGCAGAACAAGUGGAUGUCAGUAACCACAAAGAAGAUUGUGGAGACCAGUUACGAGGUCACAGGCUUGAUUGAGGGCUUUGAGUAUGAGUUCCGUGUCAAGUGUGAGAACAUGGGUGGUGAGAGCGACUGGAGUGAGAUCUCUGCGCCUAUCAUCCCCAAGUCGGACCAGUCUCCUCGUGCCCCCGCAUUCAGGGAGGAGAUCAGGGACAUGACUGUCAAAUACCAAGCCAAUGCCACCUUUGUCACUAAGGUGGUGGGACAUCCAAAGCCUGUGGUUAAAUGGUACCGCAGUGGAAAGGAGAUCUUGGCAGAUGGAACAAAGAUCAAAGCCCAGGAGUUCAAGGGAGGUUACUACCAGCUGGUCAUCACUGCUGCUGAUGAGAAUGAUGCCACAGUUUACCAAGUCAGGGCAACCAACUCCUCAGGAUCUAUCUCUACAACAGCAAAUCUGGAAGUGGAAGUUCCUGCUAAGAUCCACCUGCCCAAAGAGCUCCAGGGAAUGGGAGCAGUCCAUGCUGUCCGUGGUGAUCACAUAACCAUCAAGAUUCCCAUUUCUGGCAAGCCUGAGCCAGCAAUCACUUGGCAGAAGGGUCAAGAGAUCCUGUCCAACUCUGCCUAUCACCAAGUCAUCACCACAAGGUCUUUCACUUCCCUGGUCUUCCAGAAGGGAGUGCAGAGGAAAGACACUGGCUACUACAUUAUCACUGCAAAGAACAGGUUUGGAAUGGACAAGCAAACCAUUGAGGUGAAUGUGGCUGACAUACCUGAAGCGCCAAAGGGACUUGUAGUCAGUGACAUUGCACGGGACUCCAUAACCCUGACCUGGGAGCCCCCUGCCAGCGAUGGUGGAAGCGACAUCAUAAGCUACAUUGUGGAGAAGUGCCCCACCACUGCUGACAGGUGGAUCCGUGCUGGACAGACCACUGACUGCAGCAUCACCAUCAUCAACAUAUUUGGAAAGACUAAGUACCAGUUCCGUGUCAUUGCUGAGAAUCAGUUUGGCUUGAGCCCCCCCUCUGAGCCAACUGAACCCAUCACUACAAAGGAAGACAAAUCUGUGAUUAGGAACUAUGACGAGGAAGUGGAUGAAACCAGAGAGAUCACCAAGGAUGAGGCUCUGUUCUACAAGGUGAAGGAGCUGUCCUCUAAGUACAUCAUUUCUGAGGAGCUUGCUCGCUGCCAGUUUGGAGCAGUCCACCGCUGCGUAGAGAUUGCCACAAAGAAGACCUUUAUGGCCAAGUUUAUCAAAGUCAAAGGAACUGACCGUGAGUUGGUUCUUCGGGAAAUUGAGGCCCUCAAUGUAGCAAGGCACAAGAAUAUCAUCUACUUGCAUGAAUACUUUGAAAGUAUGGAGGAGAUAAUCCUGAUCUUUGAAUUCAUUUCUGGAGUUGACAUUUUCGAGCGCCUUGGCACCCCCAACUUUGAGCUGACAGAGCAGGAGAUUGUCCGCUACCUGAGACAGGUCUGCUCUGCCCUCAAGUUCUUGCAUAGCCACAACUUCGGCCACUUUGAUAUCCGUCCAGACAACAUCGUGUACACCACCAGGAGAAGCACCACUAUAAAGAUUAUUGAGAUGGGCCAGGCUAGGCUACUAGUCCCAGGGGAAAACAUCAGAAUGCUGUUCUCAGCUCCAGAGUACUGUGCCCCUGAGGUCCACCGCCAUGACCUAGUCACAACAGCCACUGAUAUGUGGUCUGUUGGUGUUAUGGCCUAUGUUCUGCUCAGUGGCCUUAAUCCAUUUGUGGCAGAAUCCACUACAAAGAUGAUUGAGAACAUCUCCAACUGUGAGUACAUCUUUGACAGUGAAGCGUUUAAGGACAUUAGCCUGGAGGCUAUGGACUUUGUGGAUAGACUUCUAGUCAAGGACAGGAAGCUCCGUAUGACUGCGCAUGAGGCUCUGGAGCACCCAUGGCUCAAGAUGAAGAUUGAACAUGUCAGCAAUAAGAUCAUUAGGACACUGAGACACAGAAGGUACUACCAGACUCUGAUGAAGAGGAUAGAUACUAUUGUAUCAGCAGCUCGUGUAGCUUAUGGUGGCGCCUUCAAGAACCAGAGAGGAUUGGCUGUGGGUAAAGUGAAGAUUGGCACUGAGUACCAUGGCCUCCGCGCUGGUCCAGUCAUGCAUGCCUCAGCUGAGGAAGGUGGCCAUGUUAGAUUUACUUGUAGCAUUGCCAACUAUGACAAGAGUACACAGGUGUCAUGGUACUUCGGUAACCGUCAGCUACACCCAAGCCCCAAGUACGAGAUUACUUACAGCAAUGGUUUUGCCAGCAUCUACGUAAAGGACAUUGAAGAGAGUGAUGAUGGUGUGUACAGAUGCAAGGUGGUGAGCGAUGAUGGACAGGACAGUACUUAUGGAGAGCUCUUUGUUGAGACAGUGAGGAGCAUCAGAGAGCACUAUAUCAGCCGCUCCAUCAAGAAAAUGCGGAAGAGAAUUGACAAGACUAAACUCCUGCAGAGACCACCAGAGUUCACUUUACCUCUCUACAACCGCACUGCCUACAUUGGAGAAGAUGUUCGUUUUGGUGUCACUAUUACUGUGCACCCGGAGCCUCAUGUAACAUGGCUCAAAAAUGGUGAGAGAAUCAAGCCAGGUGAUGAUGACAGCAAGUACACAUUCACUAGUGAUAAGGGUCUGUACCAGCUGAUGAUCCACAACCUGGACGUGAAUGAUGAUGCUGAAUACACUGUCAUGGCCCACAACAACUUUGGAGAGGACAGCUGCAAGGCCCGUCUCACUGUGGCACCUCAUCCUGUUAUGGAGGAAACUAUGAGGCCCAUGUUCAAACGGCUGCUGGCUAAUGUUGAGUGCAUCGAGGGGCAUAGUGUCCGUUUCGAACUCAGAGUCUCAGGAAUCCCAACACCCACUCUAAAAUGGGAGAAGGAUGGUCAGUCACUACAGUUUGGUCCCAAGGUCGUUGUCAUAGAGGAGGAUGUUGACUACCAUGUCCUCCACAUCAGAGAGACUCUCCUUGAGGAUUCUGGUGUGUACAAGGUUACUGCAACCAACUCUGCUGGCUCUGCAAGCUGCCAGGCUACACUGAAGGUUGACCGCCUUACCUACACCAGGAGAGAGUAUAAGAGCGAGGAGGAGAAACACAGACACAUACAGAAACAAAUUGAAAAGACUAACAAGAUGGCUCAGCAAAUUGUUGCCACUGAGGAGCUUGUACCUUUCAACCCCACCGCCCAGGAGGCCCUCAAAUUUGCUGCAGAGAUGUACAAGCCUGCAGUGAGUACCAAGAAUGUUGAGGGUGAGUUUGACAUCACAGUGGAGAAGUCUGAGACCAAGAAACUGGAGGAGGAGAGGAGGAUCUUCAUGCCAUAUGAGAUCCCUGAGCCUUUAGUUCAUGAUCCCAGAGUUGUGGAUGAAGACAAAGCUAUCAAACAGUUUGUGCCUCUCUCAGACAUGAAGUGGUACAGGAAGCUGAGAGACCAGUAUGAGAUUCCAGAGAGGAUGGAGAGGAUUGUGCAGAAGAGGCAGAGACGUAUCCGGCUGUCCAGGUGGGAACAGUUCUAUGUCAUGCCCCUUCCCCGAAUCACUGACCAGUACAGGCCAAGGUGGCGUAUUCCAAAACUCAGCCUGGAUGAUCUGGAGACUGUCAGGCCCGCACGGCGUUCACCCUCUCCUGAAUCUGAGGUUUCCUUCAGAUCCAGGAGGAGAUCUCUAGGAGACCUUAGUGAUGAGGAGCUGCUGAUGCCUGUGGACGACUACCUUUCAAUGAGGAGAACAGAGGAGGAGAAAAUGAUGCUGGAGGAUGAACUGGAGCUCGGCUUUUCUGCCUCUCCUGCUGGUAGCCCUGUCCGCAUUGAGCGGCGUGCCUUGGAAGAGAGGAGGCAGGAGGUCAGGCACGAGGCUGUGGAGGUUGCUGAGACAAAGAAGAAACGUACUGUUUCUCAGUUCAUGAGGAGGAGAAGGUCGUUAUCUCCCACAUACAUCGAGCUUAUGCGUCCAGUCUCAGAGCUGGUCAGACCACCACGUGCCAGGCCUCCUGUGGAAGUAGAGGGAGAAAUCAUUGAGAGGAGGUCCCCCACUCCAGAGAGGACUCGUCCCCGCUCUCCCAGUCCCAUCAGAUCAGUUGAGAGAUCAUCUCGUUCCUCUUCCAGGUUUGAGCGCUCUGCCCGCUUUGACAUUAUGUCCCGCUAUGAAGCCAGAAAGGCUGCUCUGAAGUCUGAGAGGAAAUACCAGGUGGUUAGCCAGACACCUUUCAGCCUUGACCAUGCUCCUCGUGUGACCGUCAGGAUGAGGUCUCAUCGCAUACCAACUGGCCAAGACACCAAAUUUACCCUGAACAUCCAAGCCAAGCCAGAGGCUGAGGUCAAGUGGUUCCACAAUGGAACUGAAAUCUCUGAACGCAGCGAGAAAUAUGUCUUCACCAACAUGAGUGGUGUUUUGUCCAUCGGUAUCCUGGACUGCCAAGAAGAGGACAGUGGCACAUACCGCUGCGUAUGCUCCAACUCCAAGGGAGAGGCAUCAGACUAUGCCACCCUGGAUGUGUCAGGUGGUGGCUACACCACCUUCUCAUCUCGCCGUAGGGAUGAGGAAGUUCCUAAAGCAUUUGUCCCUGAGGUAUCUCGAAUUGACCACUAUCACACCACUCACUUCAAAUCUGGCUAUGCCUCCCAGACCCACUUUGAAGUGGAGGAGAGCAAGUCUAAGGUAACACAGACACACAAGGUUGUCACACGUGAAAGAUAUGCUGCCUCCUCUGAGAGGUACUCCUCUGCUGAGAGGUAUGACACAUCGAUCAAGUACGCCUCUGCUGAAUACCUGUCAUCUGGUUCCUCCUACUCAUCGGACAAAUUUUCUCUAACUGGGAAGCACACCACAUCUGAAACUACACUUAAGUCAUCUUCUGCUGCUGUAGCUGAGGAAGUUUCUGUCCACAAGGUGAAGCCUUCUCUUCCAGCAAGAAUCCUCACCAAGCCCCAAUCUGUGACCAUUGGAGAGGGAGAGACAGCCAGAUUCUCCUGUGAUAUUGAUGGGGAACCUGCACCCACUGUAACAUGGAUGCAUGAGAGCAGAAUUAUUGUUUCAUCUCACCGUGUCCAGGUCACUACAACUCAGUACAAGUCCAGCCUAGAGAUCUCCUCUGUGACAGCCUCCGAUGAGGGCAGUUAUACGGUGGUGGUAGAGAACUCAGCAGGCAGACAGGAGGCUCACUUCACUUUAACCAUCCGCAGAGCAGCUCCCAAAGAAGAGGUUAAGGCUGUCAAAUCUCCUGAGCCAUCUGUAAAGUCACCCACUCCCAGUGUAAAGUCACCGGAGCCUUCAGUCACAUCACCUGCUCCCUCAAUAACUUCCCCUGUCCCCAGUGUGAAGUCACCUGAACCUUGUGUCAAGUCCCCUGAGCCUUCAAUUAAAUCACCAACUCCAAGUAUUACGUCCCCUGAACCAGGUGUGAAGUCUCCUGAGCCAUCUGCACCCUCUCCAGCACCUAGCUUAAAAUCACCAGCUUCAAGUGUCAAAUCUCCGGAACCUGAAGGAGUUAAGUCUCCACGAGGUAUAAAAUCUCCAGAACCCAGACUCAAGUCACCACCACCAGUUAAGUCUCCAGAAAGAAUGAAGUCACCUGAACCUGAGGAAGUGAAAUCUCCUCGGGGCAUCAGAUCUCCAGAACCUGCAGGACUCAAAACACCAAAAGGUGUGAAGUCCCCAGAACCUGCUGGAAUCAGAACACCAAAAGGAAUCAAGUCCCCAGAACCUUCUGGCAUCAAAUCACCCAGGGCCCUGAAGUCCCCUGAGCCCGAGGGAAUCAAAUCACCUCCUAGGAUGAAGUCUCCUCCUCCGAUCAUGUCCCCCAAGAGGGUUGUGUCUCCACCCACUGUCAAAUCCCCAACCCCCAAACCUCCUAAGGUCCUGAGUCAGCUAACAGCUGAGGCCUGUGAGGGCUCAGUGAGAAUGUCCUGUAUCUGCGAGAGCAGCGUCAGGGAGGUGGUGUGGUACGUCAAUGGGAGGAGACUUUCGCAGAGCAGCCACUUUGAGAUGCACUACUCUGAGGGCUCCUGCAGCCUUCUAAUCCAUGAUUUGGCAGACAGUGAUCAGGGUGAGUACACCUGUGAGAUGACAUCAGAGGGAGGAGUAUCCAAAUCCUCCUUCUCCUUCACUGGACAGGUGUUCCAGUCCAUACGCAUGAAGAUCACAGCCUACCGUGAGCAGCAACUGGCACUUAAAGGAUCAGUGAUGAUGAGUCACAAAGAGUCAGCGUCAUCCAUGAUGAUGAAGAAAGAGAUUCACAUGAUGGAGGAGUCGUCCUCCUUUUCUUCCUCCACCCAGCAGGCAAAGAUGUCAUCCAUGAUGGAGUCCAGCUCCUUCAGCAGCAUGGCAGCUGAGAUGAAGUUUGAGACCAUGUCCAUGUCCAGCAUGUCCUCAGUGACAUCUGAGGCUUACGCAAUGAGCUCCAGCAGCCUCACCGAGAUGGCCUCCCACACAGAGGGAUCGUCAUUCAGAACCAUUGGUUCUGCCCCCAGGAUCGAGGCUCUGCCGGAGGACAUCAGCAUCGAGCCGGGAAAAGUUCUGACAGUCGCCUGUGCCUUUUCCGGCGACGCAAAACACAUCCAGUGGUCCCGCAGCGGCAAAACCAUCGAGGUGACUGCUGGCGGACGCUUCCACAUAGAGACCACGGAGGACCUGACCACCCUCAUUAUCACUGGGGUCAAGGAGGAAGACGCUGGAACUUACACCCUCAAACUGUCCAGUGAGCUUGGAUCAGACACAGCAACUGUUCACAUUAGCAUUCGAUCGGUGUAAAAAAGAAAACAAAAAACAAAUCUAAUCUUCCCUGAUACCCUACUUCCAUGCCUUUUUAUUUAUUAAUUGAGCAAAACAAUCUACUUGAUAAAGAUCUGGAUUUCUGUUCUUGUAAAUAUGAACUAUUUUUGUACCAAUCUUGACAUUAAUUUAUGCCAAACUAGACUAAAGUCUAAAGUUGUUAUAAAAUGUGCCAUAUUGGAUAACUAUGACUUAGGAUUUUUGAUCCAUUUUUCUGUGACAUGUACAUAAUGUAUAUAGCCGAAUUUAACGGUUAUGGGAAAUGUAUGCAUUGUUAUUUAUGACAAUAAUAUUAACUAAAACAAAAUGAAACUAAAUGUGGUUUAACAGGAGAAAGUUCCACCAGGAACGAAUACCCUGUCAAACCGAGAAACUAAACUCUGUGCCUCAACGAUAAGUUGAAGUCUUAAGAUUGCCUCAACAGGUAGAGAGGCUCCCUGUUGAUGUUAACUCAAUCAGAGACAAAACCAUAAACGCACUGCUGGAGAGUGAGAGCAGUGCUGUUGCAUUGUAACAACAGUGUGAGGUCCUGAGUGCUGUUUGCAUCCACCCUCAUGUAAGCAGGAUGACUGGACCUCGCGCUCUGACUGAUUAUGUCAUACCGCCAUUUUGAUGACAUGCUCACAGUGCGAGCGGCCUGCACUCCCUGAGCACCCGUGUUUUUUUGUUUUGUGCUCUGCUUCUGGCAAGUGACUGCUCGUUCGACUCCGCAGUCGUACCACCAACCUGGCCAAUCACAUUAAACAAGAGUCCAUCCUGCGCUCGUUUGCAGAGGCAGAGCUGUCUCUUGGAGGUCUGCAGUGUGUUUGUGUGUUAGUUUUUAGAAGUUCACCGGUCAGUCAAGCUGGGCACUGCCAAGCAGAUGCACCGCAGCCAAAACCAACCACUGCUGUGGUCUCACGUGUCGUGUUGCCCGGCACUUUGGUUUGAUUGAAGUUAGAGUUGUAAUGUUGACUUUUUUCGCAGCCUCUUUGAGUUUUUGUCCAAUUAUUGAUUUAAUAAAGCAUGAUUAUCAGCACUA